ACAGAAUGCACGGACUCUGCAUUCUCACUAUGCAACACAUAGAAUGCACAGGCUCUGCAUUCUAUGGAACACACGGGACUCCAGCUCAGAGCUGCCAGCCAUGGGACAGGCUCUGCGCAUGCGCCCCCUGUGUUAGAGCACAAGCCUGCCGUCAUCAUGGCCAGCGCUAAUGUAGGACUAUGCCUGGGGAGGAGGCAGUGGCAGUGAAGCAGGAUUCCCUCUCCCCAGCCCGUAUGGAUGCUAUGAGCUCCAGGAAUCCCCACUGCAUCUCUGCAUCUGUAAGAACCUGCAUUUUUUGCUGCAAAGCAUCAGGACAUUGACCCCUGCAGCAUGCUGACUCAGCAGCAGUCCCAGCGCACUGAGAUCCAAGCUGCAGAUUCAACGGGUGAGUGCAGCUUGGCAUAGCUGACGUCAUAGCAGGAAUGCCCCCUGUGUCACUGCAGACACCACGUCGUGUGUUGCCAUUUGUAGCACUAACAGUGGUGUGACGUCAUCAGCACCUUCUAGUAUAGGUAUAGUAAAUAUUGUGCAAUGUAGAAGGAUGUGCAAAGGAAAGAGGUGAUUUGAUGCUUGCAGACCUACCCUAUCCCCACUCAAUAAUUCUAGUGCAAUUAUGGGCUAACUCUGCAUGCUUUUUAGUUAUUGUCUUAAUUGCCCUCUUGUUGUCAACAGUGUGAUUUAGCAUCAUGUCAGUGUAUUUUCUAAUCUGAUGGACUUUCAUUCAGUGGAUCAUGCUAAAAGAAACAGGCACUCACUAAGCAGCUGUGUAUUCUUAUAAAUGUUGAAAAAUAAUCAUGAUUUAAUAGUCAUAAGCUUAGUGAUACAGUAUCCUCUGAUAACUAGUGGGAUUUAAGAAAUGUGUAGAUAUAUUAAUAUGAAAUGUUAUUAAUUGACCAGCACAUGAUUAGUGGCAGUUCCGGAUUUUGGAAGGUGGACACAAUUGCUGUGAGUGACACUCAAUACAAUGCCAAGUCUUCAGUAACCUGAGAUCUUCAAACAUCCUUGAGAUGAGACAUAUCUAAUGUUUAACGGGAGCCUAUUGGUCCCCAUGCAGGGUAACAACUGGUAAACAAGUCUCCCAGCACAUUCUCUUUGCAUUGCAUACACAUUUAUUUAUACAAUCUAUAUUUUUAAAGGUAUUGCUUUGGUGAUUUUAUAUUAUUUUAUUUUUCUGAAGAAUCCCUGAUUGUUUCAAGUUACAAAGCUGUUACUGUUGAUGUUAUAUUUUUAACCCCUUUUAAAUUGGAAGUUCAUUGCAAAGCUACUGUCUGAAAAUAUAUAUUUGUAUUUAUUUAAAGAUUGCAGUUUGCCAAAUUGAAAUUAUGUGGGUUUUUUUGGGUUAUAAUAUUCUUGUGAUGAUAUGCGUCAGCUUCUGAUAAUUAACAUUUUCAGUUUUCAAUAUUAUUUUCAUUUAUUUUUUUCAAUUUAUUUAUUUUUUACAGAAAUGCAAUAUAUAUUGCUCUGGUUUGAAGAUCAACAAUUUUACAUAGAGAAGGGCAGCAGUGUAACCCUUACUGAUUACCGAUUGUAUAGUAGGAUAUAGGUGUACAGAAUGUGCUGUAUAAUUUUCUACAUAAUAAUAUAGACUGGAUAAGACCCGGGUUUAUCAAGUUAAGACUUUCAUAUAUCUCUGUGCUGUUUAUCCCAAAAAACUCUGCAAAACCCAAUUUGAAGUGAUUUUUAAUUGUGCAAAAAAUAGGAAAAAUUCCUUCUUUACUCCAAAAUGGCAAUCAGAUUUCUCCAUGGAUUAACACACAGUUAUCCCACGUAUUAACUUGUAUAUUAUUGAAUAUUCUGGUUAUCUUAAAAAAAAUUCAUUCUCAUGAUGGAACAUGGUCAGGAGACACACUGUUCAGAUGACAUUUAUAAUUAUUAUUUAUCUUCCUGAACUGCAUGCCCUGUUUCUUCUUCAUAAAUAAGAGAUGAUAUAAUUUGUUCAUAAAUUAAUUACAUGAUGUACAGGAAGAAACUGUGUGUGCUGUAGAUAUGUUUUCCCAUUUAUCUAUAUCCCAAUGCAGAAAUGGCCUUGGGUGUGUCUGACUGAGAUGAUUAAAGGCUUCCCAGAUAGAAGCGGCACUCAUUACACUUUAAGUAAUCAUGAUUUCUGUUUUCUUCUCAGUAUAAUUUCUGUAAAAGCUUUGCCAAUUCCCUAGGCCAGUGUUGCUCAACUUCAGUCCAUGAGGGUUUCAGACACAACAUAUUUGUUUAAUGAUGCACAACAGUGUUAAUUCGUUCAUUAUUGGCAGUUAGAAAAAGCCUUUCACUGUGGUUGAUUAUUGACCACCUGCGGGCUAGGUUGGACAGUCCGGGUUUAGAUAUCAUUGAAACAGGUCCCUAUACUCUGGCUGAGUAUAUCCGUUAAUAGUCUCCCGAAUCCCAAGUGCUGCAGUGAAUAUAGCUCUCCUGUUUCCAACAGAGUAGUGAUUAGAGCCCUCCAAUCCCCCAAACAUAAGCCUAGACUUCGUGAAGGGGUAAAACACAUUGGCGGAUCCAGGGGGGGGGCAACGGGGCAAUUGCCCCCCCCGAGAUUCCCCCCUGCUGGCUAACGCAGGGCUGGCAUUGCCCAAGUGCUAGCCCUGCAAUGUGCCUGCGGACCGGGGAGGAAGAUCAGAGAUCUCCCUCCCCGGUCCGCAGGCACUGUGCUGACAGCCGGCGGGGGAGGGAGGGAGUGAGAGAGAGGACCCGGAGCUCCUCCGGGUCCUCCUCUCUCGAGAUUUGGAGCGUUGCCGCGGUUACCACGGCAACGCUCCAAAUCUCGCGAGAGUGAACUCUAGCCCGGGAGCGCGGGCUAGAGCUCACUCUCCACACUGGGACCACCAAUGAAUCCCCACCGGACCACCAGGCACCAAGAAAUGUCCCCCCUCCACCCCAGUAAAGGUAAGAAGGGAGGGGGGACAUAGAAUAUUUAUUUUUAUUAAAUAAAAAUUUUUUUUAUUAUUUAAAAGCCUCCUCCCCCCCCCAUUACACACACUGCCCCCCAUUAAACACACUGCCCCCCCAUUACACACACUGCCCCCCAUUACAUACACUGCCCCCAUACACACACUGCCCCCCAUUACACAAACUGCCCACCCAUUACAUACACUGCCCCACACACACUGUCCCCAUACACACACUGACCCCCAUGCACACACUGCCCCACAAACACUGUCCCCCAUACACACACUGACCCCCAUGCACACACUGCCCCACAAACACUGUCCUCAUACACACUCAGUUCCUAUACAGCCACACUGCCCCCACAUACACUGUCCCCAUACACACACUGCCCCACAAACACUAUCCCCAUACACACACUGCCCCACAAACACUGUCCCAAUACACACACUGCCCCCAUACAAACACUGCCCCACAAACACUGUCCCUAUACACACACUGCCUGGCACUACUGACACCAUAACUACUACACUGAGCUGUAGUGGUUAUUGUGCCUGGAUUAUUUAUUUAAAUAAUCUACAAGUGCCCCUCCCGAGAUCAGGCUCUGGAUCCGCCACUGAUACACACAUUGUCCCCAUACACACACUGCCCCACAAACACUGUCCCCAUACACACACUGCCCCACAAACACUGUCCCCAUACACACACUGCCCCCCAUACAGUGCCCCCAUACAUACACUGCCCCCUAACACACACACUACAACCCUGACAUACACUGCCGCACUCACACACUUCACCCUUAACACACACCACUGCUCCUAUACCCUAUAUACCAGCAGACCCCAGAUAAGUUGUCAAACUGUUCUUAAACGGUAUGACUACUUACUCUGGGGUGGAAUCCUGGCACUACUGACACCAUAACUACUACACUGAGCUGUAGUGGUUAUUGUGCCUGGAUUAUUUAAUUAAAUAAUCUACAAGUGCCCCUCCCGAGAUCAGGCUCUGGAUCCGCCACUGGUAAAACAAAUAUGUUUAAUGGGAGCCACACACAGACUUUUAUGUAACUCCCCAUGCAAGGGGUUUCCUUAAACAUAUUCCAGGGGCAUUAGCUGCUGGACCUGAGAGGAGACUAGUUACAAUCAAACUUUCUACACACCCCUCCCCUGUGCUGGAGAGAUAAUUACCUGAGCACACAAACAAAUAAUUAAAUUAUCUCUCAGGUACAAAAACAUACAAUAAAACAAACCCCCCAAAACACAUGAAAACCCCACAUCCCCUAAUAGCCUCAAAUUGGGUGACCAACAUAUCCAAAAAUCAUCCAGAUUCAUUCAGUGGUUCGGGAUUUUCAUAGAAAGUAAAUUAUUUGAUGACCGUGCACAUGGUCCUAUGCCCAAAACAGUUCCAGGAAAUCAGGGCUAACGGUCGGUCUCUUUCGGGAGCACAAAAGUACAUAAAACACCGAACGGAAUCCUUAGGUUAUUUGUGUAGCCUGUUCCCCUUGUUCGUGGGAACGUUUAAAACAAACAGUGCCUUUCUAAGUGGGGUAGAACCGAACGCAGGCAAUGAUGGAAGUCCAGCGAUGUUCGGGAGUUUCUGUGUCCGAUUUUAAUUCCAUGAGAUUUAUGCCCAAACACUGCUGCCUGCGUUCGCGGGAACAAGAUGGCCGCCAUCAUCAUACGUUCAUACGAAAUGCGGCCACCCAGACGAACACUUAGAACACUGCGGUGGAAAUUGCUACAAAGUAUCAAUUGGGCUUAACAAGCUCCUGGGUGGUUUCUGGUUCGUGCGGAUGUUCAGUUCCUGAACAAUAUAAGCCAAAUUGCACAAACCAAGCCUUUUUUCAGUGUAUUUUGCAUGGCCCAUAAUCCUGGGGCAAGAGGCUAGUUAGCAGGCUCCUCCAGGAUCCCAUGACGAGGUUCGGUUCGUCACAAUCAUAAACGAUAUAUUUUGGAAUUUCACCGGUAACAUAACUGUCUGCAGUUUGUAUAGCAGAUUAUUUUUAAAUAAUUUGUAUUUACUUUGAAAAUUUGCUACUUACACCAUUUACAGUUUGCAUAUAUAAUUAUAACUUGCCAUGAAUGAAGAAUCCUAUUAUGAUAAACAUUGUCUAAAUGGCAAUGCUAAGAGUAGAAUCCAUUCAGGGCUGGACUUACAGCACAGGUGCCUAUAGGCACAGACCUUGACAAAGACAUUAGUUUAGGUCGAAACGUUGUUCUUGUGCAUUUUGGUCUAACAAACCUACUUUAUAUUUCAGUCAUGUGAGUGCCUGAAGCCUUCUCUUGGAAAUAUCAUGUGCUAAGGAUUUGCUGGUCCUACAUCAGUAAGAAACCUGUAGUGUCUAGGAUUUGAGCAUGGUCCUUUCUCUAUCGGUCUUUCAUCUAUAUGUAGUAAUAUAGGCACAGUGAGUGUGCUUCUUCUGCACCCUUACCUCCAAAACAGAAUUUAGAAAAAAAAACACUGCUGUGCAAAUAUAUGAUCUGGACUUUGCAGGCUUAUAUAGAGCUUGUCCUUGUGCACACUGUUCAUAUCUUUAUGCUCUUAUCUACUGGAUGUUUCUGAUAUCUUUAAAACUCUGAUAUAUUAAAUUAAAUGUUUGAGUAGUGCGUUUUAGCACGUUUCAAUUUGGAUAUGUUAUGUGUAAUUUCAUGUUUGUAUUUAUUUGUCUCUGAGAAUAAAAUAACAAAAAAUGUAUACGUGAUACAAAAGAUGGAUAUUUUGCAAGCUUCUAGGACAGUAGGGUCCACUCAUCAGGUUUGUUUGUUGGGUAACGUGCAGAUAUAUUUAGGCAUAGUUUACAUGAAAAAGAAAAAAUACAAAUACAUAAAUAACAUUCGGAUGAAACUGUUCUUUUGCGAUGGAAAAUGAUCAAAGUGGCUGAAAUGAUUUCACAUGGAUGUAUGAAUUUUCCUUUUGGUCAGUGUUGCUAUCUGCAGAUCUUUUGUGUAUUGUCUCUGUGUGAAAGGAUGUGUGUACCUCCUUCUUGACUGAUGGGCUUCAAGGGGUUCUGUGUGUUAGUGACCAUGUUUUUUUUUCACACUUUUGCUAUAUAUUCUUUCCACUGUAACAUUUUAUCUUUACAUGCACCCAUACAUACAGUAUAUAUAUUUUUUUUAUAUUUGUGUUUUAUUGUAUUUUAACACGCAUGUUUAUAUCCAUGACAUUAUAUGAAAGCGGCAUAACAAAUGCAAUCAAACAUUAGGAAGGAGCACAUUGCUUGACUAUGUAUACAGUGGUAGAAUACAACAUAUAAAACAUCAGCACUUUUAGGGCGAUAUUCACUUUUGCUGUUGCUGCUUAACGUCCAAAGGGCAAGUGAUUUAUUUCACUCUGCUAGGUGGGAGCCUCUGGGCAGCAAAGGUGGGUAGGGUUUAUAACUAGGCCUGUGUGAUACAUAGAGAGGUGAAACUAAAUCAGGGGCUAUGCAGGACAGUUGAACUAAGCUGGGUGUGGUAUUGUCUGGUUGGCGUUGACAGUAAGGGUUAUGGCUUGAGUUGUAGCCUGAUGACUUUAAACCUAGUUUUUGUAGCCUGGGGCAGUGAUGUCUCUUCUACAGGGCUGUCUGGUGGUGUUGGGUUCUCUGGUGCUUGUGCUGCAGAUGUCCACCCACCCCCCUUUUAAUUAGCAUGUAAGCUCAUUGAGCAGGGCCCUCAACCCCUCUGUUCCUGUGUGUCCAACUUGUCUGGUUACAACUACAUGUCUGUUCGUCCACCCAUUGUAAAGCGCUGCGGAAUCUGAUGGCGCUAUAUAAAUAUCAUCAUAAUAAUAAUAAUUAAUUAAUUUUAGCUCCCACCCAAUGCCCACUCUAGGUCUACCCUCUAAAUAAUAUAAUUAGGCCCCCAACAAUGGGUGGGAGCGGGAAUGGGAGAGGGUAGAGGUCUUCCCCCUUUAUUAUUAAAGGGAAACUAGGGAUCAAAACAACUGUAGCAGUAUGGGUGUAUAGAUCAUUACCCUGCAGUGUUACUGCUUAUUUCUCUGCCAUUUAGGAGUUAAAUCACUUUUCUUUCUGUCCAUACAGCCCUAGUCACACCUCCCUUGGCUGUGGCUCACACAGCCUGCAUGAAAACAAAAUGGUUUUAUUUUCAAUCAGAUGAUGACUUACUUAAAUAUUUGUAUCUCCAGCUCUAUAAAUUGAACUUUAAUUACAUACAGGAGGCCCCUGCAAAGUCAGGUAUGCUAUUAACAGAGCAAGAGAUAAGAAAUUGUAAAUUAAAUAGUAUUUGCAAUAAAGGAAGUGAAAACAUUAUAUGACUCUUUACAGGAAGUGUUUAGGAAGGCUGAGUAAGUCACAUGCAGGGAGGUGUAUAUCAUAUAUGUAUGCCUAACACAAAAUAACGUAAAAAAGUAAAAAAUAGGAAAGCAACAUUUUUGCUUAUAAUAAUAUUUACACAUUGCAACUAAAUAAAAAGACUGUUAAUGCAUUAUAUGUCUAGGAUCUAAAUUAAUCUUUGGUCAUUAAUGCUAACCGUAUACCAAACCCCUCCCAAACACUGUACCAAUUUCACCUCCGACUCUAUGCUUACACUAAAGCUAACGUAAACCUACGUUAACUGUACCGCUAACCUUAAUCCUACAUAAUCCCUAACCAUACCCUAAUCCUUCCUCUACUUCUAACCCUAAGGAAACUUCCCUGUACUGUACUGAUAUCAGCAGAUGGGUUUCCUAAUUUAAACGAGUGAGAGCAGUAUGGUGCCACCAUCUACUGGCUGUUUUUAGUAUUACAGUAAGAUUUCCCCAUAAUGCAGGCAUCAAGCACUCUUUCCCAGUAGAUUACACUGUAAUCGGUGCUGAGCAGCAGGCAAAGCCCAGCACUGAUCACAGUUUUGUAUGGAGCACUCACUUUGAAUUUGACAAACAACUUAUCAGUCUGGGUAUACUAAAUACUGCUCACCCCAUGUUGUAGCAAUAGGCAUUUAAACGCCUGUUUAAAUGGUUCUAGCAUCACUAAAAAUGGCCCCAGCUGACAAUGGGGAGUCCCAGGUAUUGAUUGAUACAUGGGUCUCCCUGGAAUUUAUCCUUGCCCCCACCAUGUUCUAGAAGUAGGCAUGUUAAUACUUUUUAAAUGGUUGUAGCAGCCCUCACUAUGAGUAUUUCAUACAGCAUAUGUGUCAGUUUGGUGCCACCAAAGAUGGCCCCAGUUAUCUGUUAAUAUCUAGGUCUCCUGGUUUGGACAGAGAUUUAACCCUGCUCACACUGUACUGCAUUCAAUUGGGAUUUAAAUACUGAUUUAAAGGACUGUUUGCAGCACUCACUUUAAGUGCUGCUUACAGCUCAUCUGUCCACCUGAGCCCACUAAAAUGGCCCCAACUGACUGAGGGGAGCCUUAGGUAACAACUGAUACCUGGCUCCCCCUGGUGUGAGCAGGGAUUUAACCCUGCUCACACAAAAACGUUAGGACCUAUCAAUAUAUCCUAACUGUGUUAUAGCCCAGUAGUUAUAGUUAGGAUGCAAUGACACAUCCCAAUGUGUGAAGUGGCGAAAGAGACCCAUUAAGCACAAUAAGCAUUUUCAAUCACUUAGUCAGUAAUAUGGGUAAAACAAAUACUUCUGUAUAACUACAUCAAUGACAUCAUGAUCAGAGAAUCCAAAGAGGGUAUAAAAAAUUAAUCACAAUCAAAUGUCCAGAAAGAGAGAAAGAGUUUGAAUGUUAAAGGCACACUAUUAUCACCAGAAGAAGUACAGCUUCUUGUAUUUGUUCUGGUGAGUAGAAUCAUUCCCUUCAAGCUUUUGCAGUAAACACUGUCUUUUCAAAGAAAAUGCAGUGUUUACAUUGCAGCCUAGUGAUAUCUCUACUGCCCAGUCCUCAGGCUGCUAGAGGUGCUUCCAUCGUCCCUCUGCAUGGAGACAAUGAACUUUCCUCAUAGAGAUGCAUUGAUUCAAGUACUGUCUAUGAGGAGAGGCAGAUUGGCCAGGGCUGUGUUUGACUUGUGCUGGCUCUGCCCCUGAUCUGCCUCCUUGACAAUCUCAGCCAAUCCUAAGCAUUGUGAUUGGCUCAGACCACCACUUAUGAUGAUGUCAGCCUAACAGGCAGAUCAGGGGCAGAGCCAGCAACAGCAGACUUGAAUACAAGUAAGAUUUUACUAUAUACAAGGAGGCAAGGGUGGGGGGAGAAAUGACGGUUUUAACACUAUAGGGUCAAAAAUAUAUGUGUGUGUUCCUGACCCCAUAGUAUUCCUUUAACAAAAAAAAAUACAUUAAAAAAAAAAUAAUGACCAUGUAUCAAAAAUUACAUUUUAAGAUCAAAGGAUGGAAGUGAAAGAGGCAAUUACAUUACUUCUGAGUCACAUGACUGCAGAGAAUGUACUUUUAACAAAAGAAAAACAAUGCCCAAGAUAAGUUUCUAUGAAUGUGUGGGUCAUUCCCAUAUGACAUAAAUGGGGAGUGUCACAAGAUUCUGAAGCAACAAACAAGAUGGUUCUACAAAAUCAGAGGCCAAGUGUAAUAGUAGCUCUGUUAAAAAUGGACAUAAUGAUCACAGACAUUGUGGCUAAUAAAGAAAUUAUGCCUGCAAGAUUGAGGAGGAAUAUGAAGUGAAAGAACUGGCAAACCUCAUCACCAGUUUAGUAAUUUUUGAACCCUUGUUACAGCCUGAUGUGCAUGACAUGUCAAGUUUGUAGUCCUCUCAAACUGAUUUGCCCCAAAUGAAAUGCUGAAUGAAGUCCAAGUGAAAAAUACCUGGUUAGUCAAUAGUUCUGCUUUCAAUGCACUGCUGUACAUUUAGUACAACAGCUAAUCUCUCAAGUUACAGGAAAAGGGUGGAUCAAGCCAGCUUGUGACACAGUGAUGGAAGAUUCCGAAGAUCCCAAAUUUUAGAUAUACCAUGCUGCUGAGACCCAAAUGGUCAGAACUACUGUCCAUGGCUAGUUUAUGGCCACCGAUCCUUUUGGAUCAUACUUUGUUUUCAUUUUUCCUUUGUUUUGUAAAUCUGUGUAUAAAACAGUGCACAUUUGAAUACUAUGAACAAACACAUAAGUCAAGCAACAAAAUGUCAGCUGGUUGAUUUCCAUGAGAUAAAGACAAUGACUUUGGUGGACAGAUCAGUUAGCAAUGGCUGACUGAUGGGAAAUUAUGAGGAUCUACCAGAUUUGUUGUCACUCUCAAGCGUUGGUGUUGAUCAAAUUGUUAAAUUGCCUACUAAAAAUGCACAUUCAUACAGUACCCCCCAAGUAUGACAUUAAGUGAGUGUAAUCGGGUAUUUAAAACAAAAUUACAAUAGGGUCAUUCUCCUCAAUUGAAAGCCUGAUCAGCACAGUAGAGAGUCUGGCCAUACCAGUGAAUACAGUUUAUAGCUGGAGAAGGACAAGUUAGAGUGUUCUACCAGAUACCUGAAGGAGCAAAAGAAAGUGAGUGGAAGGCCUAUUUAUACAUUUUCUAGAAUGUAUUAGAAGGGAUGAAUCUCUUUGGCAGAUAAACUAAGUUGAGUGACACCAAAGGCUGCAACUGUGCAUGUAAAUCCAGGGUUUACCAAAGUUCUAUUCACCAGAAAUUUAAAAUCUUGCCAAGUGCAGUAUUGGGAAUAGUGUCCAUUUGGAUACAAAGACCCUUUCAUAUAGUCUGUAAGAGCAUGGGUUCUAUUUGGGCAGGAGAACAAAUCAGGCAUAGGAAUAAGAUAACCCAAAACGGCCUGGUUAUAUUAAUGAUGUUCUAAGUGAGUAUACUCAUCCUGUCUUCUUUCCUUCCAACAGGUUUGUGGAAAUCUAAAGUACCCAAAAUCCAUGGCUUACACAAUAUAUAUGCAUCUACUAGUUUGGUUUUCAAAAACAUCCAUUGAAAAGCAUAAUUGGAUUUAUGGAGCCAUGUUGAGAAGUCAAAAAGUGAAUACUAGUAUAUCAAAGUUUUGUUGAAUCUAGAGGACAAUACACAGAUGAGCAUUGAUGGAUCUGGUUGGUGCAAUUAAGGGGGGGAAGCACCAUAGCAAAAGAGAAACAUUAAAGUGAUAGCAUUAAUUUAAACCAAACCAACUGUACUGUCACCUGUGUACUAGGGUAUAUAUCUGCCAUAUCUACUGUUACAUUAAGGUAAUAUUUUAAUGUAAUCGUUUUACUGGCAAUGCUUUUUACAUAAUCAUACGUAGAAAAUAAAAUGCUGAAUAUCUAUCCUUGAUUGGAUAAUUCUGAAAUGCUAUGGUGGCUUCCACUGAUUACCCCAGGACCAAGGUCAGAUGUUUAGCCCCUAUAACAUGGACUGGCCUUGCAGUGUUUAGUGACUUUAAGUAAGUUGUAUGUGCACUUGAGACUAGACAGGCACAUGACUUAGAUUAUUAUUAUUAUUGGUAUUUAAGUAAUAGUGCCAGCUUAUUCUGCAGCGAUUAACAAUAAGAGAGGAAUUUACCAAAAACAAAAUUUAACAGGAACAAUAGGUAGUUGGGGGCCCUGCUCAAACAAACUUACAGUUUAUAGGAGGUGGGGACAGUGAAGGGAACUAAAACAUGAUAAUCAAGAGAUCAGAAAAAAAAAUUAUUUAAAGUUUGGUUAUUUUGGAACAUUUAGACGUAGGAUACUGCUAUAUGUAGCAAAGAUUAAGUAAGCCAACUGGUGGUUCAUUUUAGGAUAUCAUUUAUACAUCCAUUAGCAUAAAGCACAUCAUAGAAUCAAGAUAGAGUAUGCACAUAAAGUCCUUUAGAAGGCUAUAUAGAGAUAAAUCAGGAUGUGUCAGGUAUACCUAACAUUCAUGCUGCCGCCGGAACCCACUUCCGGGUUCACGGCGCUUAGCUCCGCCCCUUUUUCCUGACGCGGUCUUUCCACGAUACUUAGGAAAACCGCGCCAGAUUCAAAGGGCUGGAUUAUUCACUCAGGUGUGGCAGUGAGAUCAGCUGCUCUACUCGAUGCUACCGGCUCCACUUCUCAGACCUCGGCUUGUAAACGGAAUUCUACCUUCUCCUCUCCCAGACCUCGGCUUGUAAACGGAUUUCUACCUUCUCCUCUCUCAGACCUCGGCUUGGACAAACGGACUUCCUUUCUCUCACUACUAAACUGCAGUUUGUUAAAAGAGACUCCUUCCUCUUCCUCCAUUGGGUGAAUUAACCCUUCCAGUGCCAGAGUGCUUCUAAGUUAAGUAAAUCUUUUGUCAAGGAAAGCAAGUCAUAUCAAUUAAUUAUAGUAUUUAAUUUCUUUAAACUCUCUGUUGACAAAUAAGGAUUGCUGCUAAGGCUAAAACUUCAUUAUUAAAAUUCAAGUUGGAACUAACUUGGCAUUUUCCUGAUUAUUAUUUAAAGAUACAGUCCACUGAUUUCACUCCAAUAUAAUAGGAGGUGAAACUUACUGUUCCUGCCCUCAGAAAAUUCUGCAGUUGAGUUCCAAUUAAAGAGGUAUUACACAUAAGCAUCACAGGAUGUUUGUUAUGACUGGUUGUUUUGUAAAUCUAAUAAUGACUAUGUGAGUAAUGGUGACAUUAAGAGAAAUAUAUGUAAAGAAGGAUAAUAGGUGGGUAUCCCUUCUGGGUCAAGUGUUACUUGUUAGAAACCACUCCUCAGUUAGGUAACUUCCUAUGAAAUACUGGGUGUUAGGUAGGCACUUCCUAUUUGAGCUUUACAAAGAGCCUGUAUGUGUACAACAGAAACAACAAUGUUAGUUGCGGCUCAGAAUGCAUAUGUCUCUGUUGUCUCUUUAUGUAUGUAAACUUGCAAUAUAUGUAUGUAAAGCUCUGUAAUGUAACUUGUACUUUUAUAUUACUCUUUCUGUGAUAUGAAUUAAAUGUCAAUUAUUAUUCAUUUGCUGUGUGUCUUAUUCACUAUAUGCCACAUAACCAAAUUAUAUAUGUGUCUCUUUGUAUUGAUAGCCAUUAUAUCAAGAUACAAGUGAAUAAUUUAUUUUAAUAUAUUUAUUGUUUAUUUAUUUUCUGUACAGUUCUGUUGUGGUACUUUAUAAUUCUUUAAUCAUUUGAAAUGGUAUUGUAUGUGAUCAUACAUUAACUGUGAGAUGACAGUUUACAGAGUCACGUUCAUAUCUUUACCGCAUCACAGGCUGCAGUAGAUAUAAUAAAGGGCACCUUUAUGUGUAUAAUGCAGUUAUCUACCUUGAAACAAAAUAAAUACAGAGAAAGUAACUGACCCUGCAAUAGGACACUAUUUAAAAGACUAAGACUGGUAGUGUGAGAGGCAAAUGUAGUGUGAGAGGUAGGGAUCGACCGAUUAUCGAUUUUGCCAAUAUUAUCGGCCAAUAUUCAGCUUUUUUUUUAAGUAUCGGUAUUGGCCGAUAAUCACCGGCAAUACCGAUAAUGAAUGAGUGUGCAGGUGCGUCCAUAAGGGGGCACAAGCGGAUGCCUUAGGGCGCACCGGCCCGGGUGACGUGAGAUCGGAUUGAGCACAUAGCACUCCCUCCUGCCAGGCACUCUGUGUAGCGUGGCCGAGCGAAGCAGUGCGCAGCGCGGUACAGAAACUUAUUUUUCCUGUACCCGGCCAGACUGAAAGGAAGUGCUCACUGAGAGACAGACAGAAUCUCCUGUUCCGAGGUGCGCACUUUUCCGCUCGGCCAUGCUACCAGGAUACACACCGGGGAGCGGGGCCCAAGAAGGGGAGAGUGAGAAGGGCACUAAGGGAUGGGGGGGGGGGGAAUAUGGGACGGGGGGUGUUAAGGAUCACUAUGGGACUGGGAUGGUAGAACACUUUGGGACAGGGGUGGGGUGAUAAGGAACACUAUGGGGGUGGUUCGGAACUCUAUGGAGGAGGGGGGAUGGAAAGGAACACUAUGUAAGGGAGGAUGGUAAGGAACACUAUGGGACAGGGGAGGGGGGGAGAACACAUUGGGACAGGAAAAGGGGGUGAAGAACACUAUUUUCUGAGGCAAACAGAAUGCAGAGUUACAGCUUCAGGCUUAAAUACAGUAAGAUUUUGCUAUAUUUAUGGAGGCAUGAGGGGCCCAGGGGGGCUAGAUGGGGGUUUUAACACUAUAUGGUCAUGAAUACAUGUUUGUGUUCUUGACCCUAUAGUGAUCUUUUAAGGGAGGACACUAAGGUACAGAGGAGGGAAGGGAAAAGGAACACUGGGGUAGGGGGAACUACUAAAAGAGAAGGGAGAGGAACAGGGGAAUGGGGGGGGAGGGAGGCACUAAGAGACAAGUAAGGGGGUCACUAAGAGACAGGUAAGGGGAGGAAGGGAGUUCCUACUGCACAUAUUUACACACAAACACACUGCAUCCACUACAUAAACACACACACUGAAUCCACUACACAAACACACACACACUGCAUCCACUACACAAACACAUUGCAUCCACUACACAAAUACACACACACACUGAAUUUACUAAUCAAAUACUCUCACUGCAUCCACUACACACACAUAUAAAUAUUCUUGAAAACUUAAAAAAAAAAAUCUGACUGGCAUGUAUAUUUUGUGCAUUUCCCACUUAAUAAAAAAAAGAUAAAAGAAAAUAAAAAUAUAGAAAUGUACAUAAUAUCGGUAAGAUAUCGGCUAUCAGCCUGAAAGUUCACAGAUUAUCGUAUCGGCUCUAAAAAAAAUCAAUAUUGGUCGAUCUCUAGUGAGAGGCAAAACAAACAAAAAAUGAAAAAAAAACCAACAACUUUAUUAUACUUUAAAUAAGAAGAGGACAAACACAAAAUAACUUGUCAGUCAGCCUGUCCACCAUUUUUAAGGGUUCACCCUCCCCUUGCACUUCUGCCGGCUCAACUCUGUUCCAGGAGGUCAGCAGGGAAAAUUGGCAAUUGGUAUGUAAAAGUUCAUGGAUAAUUUGGUAUGAGUACAUGUGGCUAAUUAAUUGUGUGCAUGGAUAAUUCUGAAAGCGUGUGUGGCUAAUUAGGUGUUUGCAAGUGGCUAGUUAUCUUUGUUUUCCUAAUCGUGGCCAGUUAUAUUUGUUUUCAUAAUCGUGUCCCCAGUUUAAAUCGUUUGAAUCAGAAAUUAUUCCAAAUUGUUCGAAAAUAAACUUAUAUUAAAUAUUUAUCAGUAGAAGUCACCAUUAAAGUCUACGGGAAAUUUUGUAAAUAUAUCAUCUGACAAUUUUAUUUUCUAACAGACGGGAAUAAUUUCUAAUUCAAACUACUUAAAUGGAGACCUAUGUUUGUAGGGAUAACAGUUCCCCAUAAAUUGUAAGGAUGGACCUGCUGAUUGGUGUAUUUAGCUGCAGACAGACCCACAGCGCGUGUGAUAGAUACUUUGAAUGUAUCUUUCUUUAUUUUAUUUAACUUUUUUUUAAAAUCUUUUUGCAUUAUUUUGGUAAUGCAUUACCUAUGUAAUCUUUUAAAUUUGGGUUUAAUUUUACCUAAUAAUUUCCCUUUAACAAUAGAUUUGCAUAAUUUCCCUUUAAGUUGCCAGCUUUGAUUCAGGGAAGAGUUAUCAGAUCUAAGCAGGGAAAGCAUAUGGAUAAUGUAUUCUGCAAGAUUUAAUAAUGGAUUUUAUUGCAGUAAUGUUCAUUUAAAGGACACAGCAUGUCUUAUUUGCUGGCCCCGCAUACGCUUUGCCUCCUUGGCUGACAUAAUCAAUUAUGAUGAUUUCAGCCAAUCCAAUGCUUUCCCAUAGGAAAGCAUUGGGAUACUGUUGCGCAUGCACGUCAAAAUACUGAGCUGUGCCAAUCAGCAUCUCCUCAUAGAAAUGCAGGCCAUUGAGACGUUAAACAUCAGUGCUACACAUGGGCCAUCUGAGUGACUGCCACUGCAGUGUUUACAUUAAAAUGCCUGCAGGGCCAGGCUAUAGACAACAGAACAACUACAUUAAACUGUAGUUGUUAUGUUGACUAUAGUGUCCCUUUAACUUGACUACUCACUUCUUUUUGAAACAAGCAAAAAGUUAUAAAUCCACACAUGCAGAACAUUAUGUCACACAUAAUGCAGAUGUUGCAGUGUUUUCCCUCCUGCACUGUUGCAGAGCACAGAGUGUGCAUGUUAACUAAUUGCAUAUCUGAAGCUUUGCCCAACCCUCCAGGCACCUGUUGCAACUUAAUACGUGUUCCAGGCAUCAGUGUCAGGAAGAUUUCCAAAGCAGCUGAAAAUGUCAAAAUGAUAUGUUUGUGUACUUAUUCAACACACGAUCGCCCCUCCUUGCUUUUCAGCAGGAGGUUUACACAUAAUGACUUCUGUAGUUUGUUUAACCUUAUUUCAAAUAACUGAAAGUCUAUAUUUAAAUUCUAAAAUGUUGCUAUUUAAUGUAUACACUGUAUACAUUGAUAGAUACAGUCAUAUUUGGCCAUGUUGUCUUUUGCUUCAAUUCACAAAGUACUUCUAACCUUCACUUGCAAAACUAUCUACAGCUGUGCUGUCAUAUCACUGCCAUUUUAACAAGUACUCAGGACCUCUGAUUUUCUCACAAACACUCUUUUUUUCAUCAAAUGUUAUUUCUGAAAAUAUUUGCUUACAGAUAAUGUUAAGUAAUGCUUUUGGUAAAACUCAAUGUAUGUUAUAAUUGCUUUUCUAUUUUUGUGUAUUCCUCAUUCUCGGGUCCUCUACCAGAGGCCUGGGACUCUGAGGGUUCUGCUCAGUAUAUUAGCUGGUUCUAGAAUUGGACAACAAUCUCAAAUGUCCCACCUCCUGACUUAAGGGAGUUACUUACAGCCCUGAGUGUUCCUAUGACAACUGGGACUACUACUGCCUUCACUUUCCACAUUCUUUCUAGCUCCUCUUUCAGUCCUUGGUAUUUGUCCAUCUUCUUAUGUCCCUUAUUCUUGAUGUUAUGGUUACUGCCAUAACUGGGAAGUUGAUCCUCAUGGCUCAUAAGCUUGUUCAAUGAUGCAUGUUCUUUUGUGUAUUCUAUUUGUGACAAUAGUAGUUUUCUCUUGACUAUGUUGACUAGCUGUUUUAGUGUUAGUGUCGUUGAUGGUCUCAUAUAUAUAUAUAUAUAUAUAUAUCACAUUCAUUGUGUAUUACACAAUAAAUCUCCAUCUACUCUGCAGUGCUCUAGGUACCUUUUCAUAAAAUAUAUUUCUCCCUCUUUCCAUAUCAACAUUUCGACCUUCCUGUCAGUGGCGGCUGGUGAAGUUUCAAGAUGGUGGGGCAUGCCCUCCUGAUUAGUUGGACUCUACCCAUUUAUCCUCAUGAUAUGCCAUUCCCUGUUCAAAACCAUCUGUAUUUCCAGUCAUCAAUAAAGGAAGGGAAUGGAAACUGCAAAUAUAAUCAUGACAGACAUAUGUUUUUUUAACGCCCUCACGAGUAGGCCACCCCACUUGCCCUUAUUGUCUUUUUUCCUUUCCCAUACAAUCUCUCUUCCUACUUCUCUUCUUUUAAUGCCAGCUUCUCUUACCUCAUCUUCUAUGCAGUUUUUUCCCUCAUUCCAUGCCUCUCCAUCUCCCUUUUGGGGGCCUGCUCUUCCCUUUCAGCCGGUGAAGGAAUGGCAAUAUUGGUAUCCGGGUUAUACAGAGCUGCAGAAGCCGGAUGCGUCUCAAACUCCUUUCUUGGAGGCUUGGCACUCGGCAGGUACCAGAUAAAUGGCAAACCUUUGCAAAGUGGUCUGCCUCCUUACCAGUGGGCCGUUGUGGUUGUGAUGCGUGGAUUGACCAUUUAAUAGACCUUGUUACCUUCUUACCUACUAUCAUCUUUUAAUGUUAAAAAGUUUGGUUAAGGACAUUAACCCAUUUUUAGAAUUCAGGACAACCCUGGAACAGAACAGAAUCCACAUAGUAAAAAAAAGCAAUUGCAGGAGUACAACAGAGUCCAGAUAAAAACAAGGCAGGUUACCAGGAUGCUGGAUAGAUGCUAUGUAAAUAAUCUCUGUCAAGGAACAUGCUCCAUGUGAGUGACUGCUGAAGGGAUCUUACAGCUUGUAACUUGAUAGCAUGCAGUACUUGGAAUGAUGGCCAUCUUGGUAGGGACUGGGGCCCAGGGAUACAACCGAGCCCAGCCUUUUAAUAAGUAUCUCGCCAGCAAUUGGCUGGAGAAGCUGGUGCAUGUCUGGAGCCAGGAAGGUAUCAAAAUCUAUUGGUUAUACAAAAAAAACAAAUCCACAGGAAAGCUAAGCCUUGGGGCAAGCAAAUCAAAAUAACAGAAGCCAAGUUUAAUUGCCAGGAUAAAUGCGGUCAAGAUGACACUACUACCCAAACUACUCUUUGUGUUCCAAACAGUACCAAUACAAGCCCCACAAACAUUCUUCAAGGCAUUGAAGGCAGAGGUCCGCACGUUUAUAUGGAAAGGCAGACCCCCACGCAUAGCUGAUACCCAGCUAAUCCUACCCAAACUCCGAGGGGGCCUAGCGCUCCCCCCGAUUUUGAAAGAUACUAUCACGCAGCACACCUUACACGAGUCAUCAGCUGGACGGUAGCCAGCGGCACAAAACCAUGGACCCAACUGGAAUCCGAUACCACCAACUGUGACCUCCGGACACUGCCUUGGAUAUCCGCGGCGGCGUACAGGCGCAAAAGCAUCACUAACCCCUUCAUGGCGGCAACCAUGAGGGUCUGGCACAGGCAGGGCACAAAACACUACCAGACGACAGAUCCAGGCCCGCUGUUGCCACUAAGAGGCAACCCAGACUUCCCAGCAGGCGACCUUGGCCCCACACCGGGCCCAGCAGGACACCCAACAAUUCCUCGCAUGGCAGACGUCCUUGUGCACCCGUUCGGCAUUCGGCCAUUAACAGAACUUUUCUCGGACAGACCACUCACUUUCUCGCACACACUGGCGAGAGCGCAAAUCUCCCAAUAUGCCCGAUCCAUCCCGCAAAAACCAUCCCUACUGAGGGAAACUACACAAUUCGAAAACCUGUGCACGCGAACCACAGAAACACCCCGAGCCAUCUCACAGGUAUACACAAUAAUGGUCACUAGUAGGUACAUAUUGGCACCGCCCUGCAUAAGGAACUGGGAAGAAGACCUAGACGAGACCAUGUCGGAAGCGGACUGGGACAAGUGCAUCACCCUAAUACAAAAAACACCAAGCUCAGCAUGCCUGCAAGAAAACUCUUACAAGAUACUCACCAGAUGACGCUCCACGUCAGGAACCCAGGUAUACCAGACACCUGCUGGAGAUGCGGGGAGGAAACAGGCACGUUUCUACAUAUCUGGUGGGCAUGUGCACGGCUCCGGCCCUUCUGGGACACAAUUAGAGAUAUAAUAUACGAAGUAACAGACAAGAUGCUCCCGGGGUCCCCAGCCGCCUUUCUCCUCCAUCACACCAACAUGACCGCGCAGACAUACAUCAGAUCAGUAAUACCGCGGUUGCUGAACACAGCCAAAACAAUCAUCCCCAUCUACUGGAAGCAGGUAAACGCACCUCCGAUAACACGAUGGCUGGAAGAGGUGGAAACCACCAGGAAAUUCGAAGAUAUCAAGGCAAACACUCCGAAACUUAGGGACCGAUACACCAAACGCUGGUUUCACUGGAUACGAUUAACCGCAUCAAAUGACUUUCAACGCCGCCUGGUCACACAGUAACCAGAAAGGAUGAGACAAGGAAGGCUGCGAUUGGGGACCGGGCGGGAGGCGGAGGGAGGUGGCGGAUGGAGGCGGCAGCAGGGGACGGAAACACUCAUAACCCCCCAACACCCUCUCCCACCCCGCCCCCCUAUUUCAACCCCCAACCACACCCAUUAACACACCUCGAAGGACAGACACAGUAGCAAAACAUAACCGAAAGGCCUUAACAAGGCACCCCCACACAACGAGACUGACAGGCGACACUACCAGAAUGAAGCAAACCUACACAGCGCCACAAGAAACUCAACCCUCAAUGGACCCAUAGACAGCCAAGACACAGAGUGGGGCAACACCACAGACAGCACAGGAAGGAAAAACAUACAUGGGAGACACAGAACCAAAAGUUGGCCACGCCACAUACACACACACCUAACCAAAGCCCUUAAAACCAGACACAAAGGGGAACACCCAUCAGAACACGUACAGUGACAAACGCAGUGCACAAAUAGACGCACAAGACCAUGGAACACCAAACUACACAAAGCAACAGAUAUUCAGACGCACAGGUAGCUUGCAAGCACAGGCACCAGAGCAAAACAGUACAAGAUUAAGCAGAAACACUCAAAACAAUAUUCACAGAUGCAACUGUAAUAUAGAUACACUGCAAGUCAUACAGAUGUAAAAUGCGAGUAACUAAUUAUACAUAUAUCUGCUGUAUUAUGCAUGCAAUGACCAACCAGCCUCUGUGUAGGUGACGUAACGCAAACAAAUGUAUGUAAUGCAACCUUGCGCCCCUGCGUGGGCAACCUUUACUUCACUACUCACAAAGAUGCUACCUGCACAUGUGUUAUGACAACAAUAAAAAUAUUCAAAACAAGUUUAAUUGCCAGGAAAUUAGGGACAGAGAACCAGGGCAGCUUAAACACUGUAAAAAGUUUACAAAGACACCUGGAAAACGGACCUGGAAAAGUUAACUAGGCACUGGCUUAUAAUUAAAAGGUCAGCCAGAAACUGCUGUGGUCCUCCAGAAAGGCAGAGAAAACAACGUUGAGCACCCUGGUGCCAGGCACUCUGCAGUGCUCUAGUUUGCAAAGUACAAUUAAAUAUCCCCUAGUGGUUUAGGACCUCACUCAAUGAAUGAUCCCAGUCAAUGGGCAUGGCUCUGCUUAGCUCAGUGGAGCUGACUAUUUCUCCUGCAAGAUGAUUUGACAAAUUAUCCUGGGAGGAAAUCAGGACACUCAAGGCACCAUAAAUACAAUAGUGGGAUUUAGUGGUUUUGGUCCUUGGAGUGUUACUUUCAGAAAAAAAAACCAACAGCAUGGUUUCUUCAAUAUCUUUAGUAUCAUGCCACAAUGAAUCAAAAAUAUUUUAGGAAACUACAUGGUUUCUACUUGUUUGGAAACCUGAAACAAAUUAUGUUUACAUUUUCAGCAUGAAACACAUUUUUAUUAUCAUUGAGUUUGGAAAAUAGCCCUGUUUAGUAUUUUAAUUUAAUCUGUAUAGAGAUUUGAAUUUGUUUAAAGCUUGCAAUCAUCUAUUAGUACAGAGGUAAACUUCAUUAAAAAAAAAAAACAACUUGAAUAUUAAUCUAACUCAUGCUGACAUGGUACAUGCUAUUUGCUCAUUGCAUCUCUCGCAAAGUCGUUACAGGAAAAAUCCAAGCAACAUAACCACUACAACGUGCUGUAGUGGUUAUGGUGCCAGGAGUGGUCUGGUGCCCCCUCCUAAUGUACGUAGUCAAACUGUAUCGUAACUACAGUGCAUUUUGUGGCACAAAACCCACAUUCUGCAGAAGUAUUAAGAUGCAAGUUACAGGCAGAAAUUGCCAUUAGAUGGCAAAUAUUGUGUCUGCAGAACACACUAUAUAAAUGUGGAAAAGGAAGAGGCUUCAUUAUUCUUUUUAAUUUCUUCUUUUGUGUGUAUUAAAAAAAAAAAAAAAGAAAGUUGACUUGAGGUUUCAUUUUAUUUUUUUUAUUUUUUUGGAUCCAUUUAGUGUUGAGAUGUACUAGUGCUCAUAUGGCUUUUAUGAUAAUAUUCAGAAGCUAAUCAUUACUGCAGUGUUGAAGGUAUUCAACAAAAUGGUUCCAUUGUUUUCCGCAGGGAUUGCGCCAGAACUGGUUUAAUAUGUAUACCUCAUUGAAUGAGGAUGUUUCUUUUUCUAAAUCUGAGCAAAAUAUUAAAUUGACAGCUAGAUACUGCUAAACAGAGAAUAGUUGGCCUGUAUGAAAACAUUGAUGGGCAGUGACUUUUUUUAUUUUUAUCUUACUGGUUUAAAUAACAAUUCUACUUUAUUACAGGUUCAUUUAACAAAAGAAGACGAAAUUCCGUUCUUGUUACCGUUACCCUCCUCAUUGUAUCCAUAUUAAUUUUUGCCGUGGGUCUGGCUGCCACAACCAGAACGGAAAAUGUCACAGUUGGAGGAUACUACCCAGGGGUCAUCGUAAGUGUAAAUAUGAUAUUAUAAUUUUUUUCUCACCUGCUGUAUGUUGUUUUGUAAAAUACCUUGCUAAUGUUAGUGCCUUUAUAUAUUUUAUGGAUAAAACCUGAGAGGAAUAAUAUGGAACUUUGCUACAGUUUAAAGUUUUUACAUUAUUAUCUGAAGGUUUUGCUUGGGCAAUAAUUCAUUUUGUAAGUCAUUAUCAUUACAUUGUAACAUAGUUACAGAGUAAUAUUGACUAAAAAAAGACUAGAGUUGGUCCAUCAAGUUAAAGGACCGCUAUAGGCACCCAGAGCACUUCAGUUCAAUGAAGUGGUCUGGGUGCCAGGUCCCUCUAGUUUUAACCCUGCAGCUGAAAACAUAGCAGAUUCAGAGAAACUACUGUUUCACUGAGGGUUAAUCCAGCCUCUAGUGGCUGUCUCACUGACAGUCGCUAGAGGCGCUUCCGCGAUUCUCCCUGUGAAAAUCACACUGAGAAGACGCUGGACGUCCAUAGGAAAGCAUUGAGUAAUGCUUUCCUGUGGGUGGUUUGAAUACGUGUGUGGCUCUUGCCGCGCAUGCACAUUCGGAUCUGACAUCGGCAGGGGGAGGAGAGGUCAUCAGCGCCGAGGGAGCCCGGCGCUGGAGAAAGGUAAGUGGCUGAAGGUUUUUUUGCAUUGUUGCCUACGCAGAGGCAUAAUAUGUCAAACAAACAAAGGUAAGGCUUAUUACACAUUUCAUAGCAAUUCCGACUUAGGUAAUGAUGGGCAAUUCAUAACAUCUGAUAGAGAACAGUUUACCCACGCAGGGGAAGUAUAUUUGGUAGAUGGCCUGAAAUGCAGGGUUGUUACAUCAGUAGCCUUGCAACAUUAGCCUACGCAGAGGCUUAUAAUGUAUGAUCCCUGUGAUUAUUGAGGCCGGCAUUUUUGUUUUUUAUUAUACCCUUCUUAAAUUUAUUUAUUUAUUUAGCGCAUUGUGUAUGUGGGCUCAUAGGGCAUAGCAACUGUGGUGAUAUUGCUUUACAAUAUAUUGCAUAGUGGUUGCUAUUGCGUACAUUCCAUAGGGAAUUGGUUAGCAGAUGUUAGAGUGCUAUAUAAUGUAUCUAGGUCAGUUUUCGUAGAGGUUUAAAGCAGGACGUCUCUGUUAGUUGCCUUGUAGGAACGUCCAUGUUCAGAACCCGUGUCGUGGUGCCCUUGUGUUAUUUCUCUCGGUUCGAGGCUGUCACCGGGUUGGGGUCAGUUGGGCUAUCUGUGUGUCUUUGUGUGGUUGUGGGUGCGGGGGGGGUGUUCUUGUGUGUGUGCCGCUGGUGGUGUUAGUUUAGUAGUUUGGGGGUUAAUGGCUUAUGGUCCCUGUGGGUGGGGGACUCAUUUGGCAAGCUUCUAUGGGUAGUGUCAGCCCCCCUUUAUCUGGUGUGGUGCCCUGGUCCUUGAGUCUGGUCUCGUUCUCCCUGGAUCUCGGUCUCAUCCUUCCCAUAUCCACGUUCGGGGUUCAGUGUGGGUUGAGGGCAGGUUCGUGUCUCGUGUUGUGGGUGCUGAGGUGGCGUGUGGUUGUGUAGGGGGGAGGUCUUGGGUGUCCUCCUGCCUCCUUUCCGCUUAAGCGUGAUGUUGUCUCUUGUGUCGUGUGAAGGUUAGGUCGGUGGGGGUGGGUCGGAUGUUCUGUCCGGGUGUUAUAGGGCCCGUUAUAGGCUGGUCUGGUCAUUAUAGUUGGCUUUUGUCUAGAUCGGGCUUGUCAGUGGUACAUCAUGGUGAUGGGUCCGUGUGGUGUUGUGUGUGGUGAGGUGCAUCUGGUGAGAGUGGUAUGUGGUCCAGGUGUUAGGCGUGUAUGGUUGGUGAAGGGUGUGGGGGGGGGUGGGUGUCUUGCGUCGUGCAACGUCCUGGUCUGGCUUCUCUGUUCAUUCCAGUUUGUGUUUUUGUGUCCCCCGUUGGUGUCUGCCUGUCUUGGACGUCUUUGUGAGUGUGGUGGGGGCAGGCGGGUCCGCCUUGUGGUAUGUUGGGGGCCUGGCAGAGCCCCUUAGUGCGUCUUAGUACCCUUUCCGUCUUGGGUGGUAUAGCGUAGUCCUGUGGUGGUAUGUCUGUGUUUGUUCUGUCUUUGUGUUUUGUGGGGCUGUAUGUCACGUUCCUGGGGGGGGGUUAGGGGUGGGGCCUCAUCAGGGGCCUCGCCAGCACCCAGGCCCCUCCUCGGUACAGUCUGUUGCAGGUGUUUCCGUUGCUGUCUUCGUGUGUCGCUGCCUUGGUCCUCAGGUGUACUGUCUCCAGGUGUGUGUGCCGUAAUCUCCUGGUCUGCGGGGUGUGUCGCCCUGUGAUCCGUAGGCCCUCAACCGUCGUUGUCUGUCCUUCGUGGGUGUGGUCCUGGGUUUUGUCUAGUGGUUAGCCAUUGUAGCCAAUGGAACCAUGUCUUCAGGUACGUCUCGGGUCUUCCUUUUGCUGUCAAGAUCAUUUCCUCUAUGGUCCUUAUGUCUUCUACCCUCGUUAUCCAGUCCAUCAGGGUUGGUAUUGUGGAUUUUUUCCAGAAUGUUGGGAUCAGGCUACGUGCCGCGUUCACUAGGUACGGGGUGAUCGUUUUUUUGUAGGUGGGGGGCUAUAGAGGUGUCAGGUGUAGUAGGUAGUUUUCUGGCGUGAGUUCUAUGGCGUUGUCUGUGAGCGUUGUAACCACCUGGUGUAUUUUGUGCCAGAAAGGUUUGAUCCGCGAGCAUGUCCACCAGAUGUGGUAUAGCGUGCCCAGUUCGGUUCCGCAUCUCCAACCUUCUGGUGUGCUCGUGUCAUACAUAGUAGCGAGUUUCUCUGGUGUUUUAUACCAGUGCGAUAUCAUUUUGUAUCCCGAUUCUUGGUGCUUAUGGAGGUUUUGUGUGUCAUCGUGAAUGCUGUGGUCCAUUGGUCUUGUGUCAGCGGAUGCCCAAGGUCUCUUUCCCAAUAUCUGGUAAAGUAGGGAAGUCGAGUGUCCUGUGGUGAGUUUAACAGUCGGUACAGGAGUGGUAUGGCGUGCGACAUAGGGGUGUCUUGCGUACGAAUGGCCUCAAAUGUGGUCAGGGGUCUGGCUGCCGAGGGUAGGUUGGGGAUUCGCUUCAGUGCGCUCACCAAUUGGAGAUAUCGGAAUUUAGUCAUGUGGUCAGGAUGGGUGGGUAAGGGCAUUUCCGUUAACGGGGGAAUGGUCCCGUUCACUAGGAUGAGUUGUAGCCUGCACAGGGAUGGUAGGCCCAGGUUAGUCAUGGUCUGGGAGUUGUUGAUCAUGUGGAAUUGCGUUGUGCCCGAGAGUUGGUAUAGAGGGGAGACAGGGGGGGCGAGGUCCAGAUUUCCUGCCAUCCUGCUCCACACCUUCAGUGUGGCCGCUAUCGUGGGGUGUCUAGUGUCAUAUCUUCUCGUGUAGCCUGGGAGUUGCCACGAGAGCGAGCACAGUUCGUCUUGUGAAAAGCUGGCUUCUAUGGCUAUCCAGAGUUUCUCUUUUGUCCCCAGGGUCCAUUCAGUUAUGAGUUGUAGAUGAGUGGUCUGGUGGUACUUGAUCAGGUCCGGGAGUCCCAGUCCGCCCUGCGGUUUGGCUUUUGUAAGGAUGUCGUAGUUUAUCCUGGCCGGUCGGUUCCGCCAGACAUAUUUCGUGAAGGCUUUGCGAGCCUGGACCAGGAAGGAUUGCGGGAUAAGGAUUGGGAGCGCUUGGAGCACAUAUAGGAAGCGCGGAGGGACGUUCAUUUUAAGAACGUUUACUCUGCCGAGCCAGGUGAUGUGUGGUACAUCCCAUUCUGCUAGGUCUUUGAGUACGCGUUCCAGGAUGGUGGGUAGUUUUGCCUAAACAGGUGGGAGGGGUCUGCAGUGAGCCAUAUGCCUAAAUAUUUGAGUUUGUCCUUGCGCCAAUAGAGCUGGAAUUGUGCUUUAAGGGUCGUGAUCAGGGUGCGGUCGCAUCCCAGGUGUAGGAUCUCCGACUUGGAGUAAUUAAUGCUGAGGUUGGAUAGUGAGCCGUACUUUUCGAAUUCCUGCAUGAUAGCCGGGAGUGACGUUUGCGGGUAGGCGUAGGCUGAUUUUGCUUUCCCCCAUUUGCCUUUUAUGCCCCCGAUAUCCGGUCUGGUGCGGAUCGCGUUCAGGAAGGGUUCUAGGCUUAACACGAACAGAAAAGGCAAGAGGGGGCAGCCCUGCUGGGUGCCGUUGUGUAUCUGAAAUGGUGUAGAUAAUGUGCUGUUCACUUAAAUUGUGCAGACGGUCCAUUGUAUAGAGCUUCUAUCUACCUCCUCAUGUUUGGUCCAGUCCUAGGUGUUGUAGCGUUGCGAAGAGAAAGGUCCAAUCUACCCUGUCAAAUACCUUCUCCGCGUCCGUGGAGAUCAGGAGUGCGGGCAUCUGUUUGCUCUUGGCCGCCUGUAUCAAGUUAAUCACUUUGGUGGUGGUGUCUCUAGCUUCUCUAUUGCUGAUGAACCCUACCUGGUCUGGAUGGAUCAAUUGUGGCAGGGUUGGUUGGAGUCGGAGUGCCAAAACCUUCGCAAAUAGUUUCAGGUCGGCGUUCAACAGGGAGAUUGGCCUGUAGCUCGUGCAAGUCGUGGGGUCUUUGCCUUCUUUGGGUAGCUUUGUUGUGGUCGAGGGUCCCCCCUUUUCUGAGUGCGUUAAUCAUGUUCAGUAGGUGCGGGAUCAAUGAUUCGCGGUAUGUUCUGUAGUAUUUGAUUGUGAAGCCGUCCGGGCCUGGACUUUUCCCAUUUUUGGCCAUUUUCAGGGCCUGUGAUAUUUCUUCCGCUGUGAUCGGCUCCUCCAUGGCGUCGGCCGUGUCUGUGUCCAUCGUGUUGGUGAGGUACUCGUUUCGUUUUUGGGUCUUGGUGGUGUCCGACCCCUCCCUGGCGUCAUCUUGGCUGUGGAGGUUGUAUAGUUCUUCGUAGUAAGUGCGGAAUCCUUCCGCUAUUGAUUUCGGUGUGUUGUGGGUGGUACUAUUAUGUUUGAUCUCAGAUAUGAAGCUUUUUUGUCUGAUUUUCCUCAGGGCUCUCGCUAUUAAUUUCCAAAUUUUGUUACCGUAUUGGUAGAAAGUCUUCUGCGUUUGCCUGAAUUGAAAUGUGAUCUUCUGAGAUAGGUUGGAGUUGAGUUUUGCCCUGGCGAUGACUAGUUGUGAGUAUGUAUCAUUGUCCAUGGUGGACUUAUGUUGUUUUCCAGGUCUGCCACCUUUCGUGCAAGUUCAGCGGUUUCUUGGGUGUGUUAUCGCUUGCGCUGCGCGCCAUGUCUUAUCAGGACGCCCCUGAUCAUACAUUUGUGUGCUUCCCAGAUCUUAUCCGGGGAGGAGUCCGGCGUGCUGUUUGUUUGGAAGAAUUGGUCUAUGUGUGUUUUCCCCUCUUGUUGAAUUAGGGGGUCUUCUAGUAGCGAUUCGUUCAGUCUCCAAUUCCAGUGUUUCUGGAAUGGAGUUGGUGAGGUGAGUGUGAUGAUGACCGGGGCAUGGUCCGACCAGGUCAUGGGGGUUAUCGUUGCUGUAAGGAGGUCGUCCAGGUGGCGGUGCUGGAGGAACAGACAGUCAAUUCGCGAAUAUGAGUUGUGGGGGGCGGAGGGCACGCCAGCAAUCUGACAACUGGAGUUCGUGUAGGGUGGCUCUCAUGCCCUGGAGGACAUGGCUCGGGAGGGUCGAGUGGCCUGUUGAGGUGUCCAGUUUAGGUUCUAGCGGUGCAUUGAAGUCUCCUCCGAGGAUUAGUUUGCCGUCACUGAAGGAGUCUAGCAAUGCAAGGGUUUUCCCUAGGAAGGAUUUUUGUCCCUUGUUCGGGAGGUAUAAGUUGGCGAAUGUGAAUCGCGUAUUGUGUAUAGUACCUUUCAGGAAGUGAAAUCUGCCUCCUGGGUCCGCGAGCUCCUCUUCUUUGCGGAACGGUAUGUCCGCCGCGAAGAGUAUUGUUACGCCAUUGGUCUUGGAGUCUGGAUUGCUGGAAUGGAAGCUCAGUGGGUAGUGUUUAUUUGAGAAUCUGGGGUGUUUGGCUGUUUGAAAGUGCGUUACUUGGAAGAACGCAGUGGAAAUGUGCAGGGAUUUCAGUUCUCUCAGUGCCCUUGCUCAUUUCUGUGGGGAGUUGAGUCCUUUGGCGUUUAUCGUGUAGAUUCUGACGUCCGAUUGGGGUGUCUUCUUGUGUCUGCGGGAGGGGGGGGUGUAGCCGGGGAGGAGCCAUGUUUGCACAAGCGGGCGCAUGGGCUAGCCGCGUUGCCCUGUGUUCGGGGGGGGUGGGGGCGUGUGGUCUGGGGGGUCUCUUACGUGCGUCCGGCGGGCCCCCUCUGGUGGUCUCCGCUGGGGGCACGCGGGGUAGUGUUGUGUGUUGGUGCAGGAGUGUGGCUUGUGUGUGCUGAGUGUUAUGAGGGCUUGAUUGCCGAUUGUCUGGUGUGGAAUGUUUCUCCCUGGUUGUUUUUCCUUACUGUGUUCGGGACAGGGGUUAGGGGGCUGAUUGGGGUGUCGGGUAGUCGUGGGUUUGUCGGAGUUCUGAGUAGCUUUUGCUAGGUAUUUCCCUUUGUCUGUUUCUCCCUGUGGCUGCGGAAGCUGCAGUUGUGUUGAUUGUGUGCGUAGGAGGUUUAGAGUGAGUUUGAGGCGGUCUGGAUCUUGGUCGUCCAAUGUGUAAGGUCUCCCUUUGUCUGUGUCCCUCUUCUUCGUCGAGAUUGGGGACAGUAGAGUCGGUAAAAAGGGGUGGUCUGCCUCUAGGAUGGGGGCUCACAUGGGGGUUGCGGUUCCAGUGAGCUCGCCCUGUGGGAGGGCAGUAACCGUGGGGGUGUGGGUGGCGAGUCUCUGCACUCUGGCAAAGUCAGUGGGUUGUCGGUUCGAACAAGUGUUGGAAGUGUCCGAGCCUUGCCGUCAGGGCGCGUACAGUUAGUAUAGAGACUUUAAGUAGCCAGUAGUAACGCAAUUUGUGCAACAACGGUUGCAUUUAGCCUUAACAUUGAGCAAUUAGUAACCCUUUAUCUAGGAAGUGUCGGUAUAAACAGUUAGCGAUAAAGAUCCAUGUUAACCUUAACAUUUAGCAGUUAGUAACCAUUUAUCUAGGCUUCGUUAGUUUAAACGUUUAGUUGUGCAGACCCGUUUCAGCCUUAACAUGUAGCAGUCAGUUACCAUGUAUCUAGGCUUUGUUAGUAUAAACAUUGAGCGAUAUAAAUCCGUGGUAACCUUAACAUUUAGCAAUUAGUAACCAUUUAUCUAGGCAUUGUCAGCUUUAACAUUUAGCAAUCAGUUACCAUUUGUCUAGGCAUUGCCGGGAUAAGCAUUUAGCGCUAAAGAUCCAUGGUAACAUUAACAUUUAACAAUUAGUAACCAUUUAUCUAGGCAGUGUCAAUUUAAACAUUUGGUUAUGCAAACUGUGUCAUCCUUAACCUUUAGCAAUCAGUUACCCUUUAUCUAGGCAUUGUCAGUAUAAACAUUUGGUGAUAAAGAUCAGUGUUAACCUUAACCCAUUGGGUCGGUAGUGGGUCGGGGUCUCAGGAUUUGGUCGGGGGAGGGUAGGGGACUUUCUCAGUGGGUCGUGGGGUUGCAGUCGGUGUUCCCUCCCAAGCAAUGUGGUCCCUCGACCGCCUCCCCCAUCCACUGAUGCCCUCCGCUGAUGCCCUCGCCCUCAAGUGGUCCAGUGUAGAGAGGGUAAGCAGUUAUACGAUACCACGUCCGUGUGGGGGGGAGCUCCCAGGGUCUGCGUUGGUGUGUGGCGGCUCCAUCAGUUCUGGAAAAGACCCUUUCAGAUCCGGCAUUUCUAAGCUUUGGUAGAUAGGGGGAAAGUGGGAGGAGGUGGGGGGAAGAAAAAAAAACCCAAUCCCCCCUCCUCCCUGUGGUAUGGUCCGCGUAGUCCCAUUUGUUAGACUGUCGAAGUCUCUGCAUAGUUUAUGGGAGCAAUAUAGGCACAGGUGGCCUUCUCGCUGUUGGAGGUGCCGUGUGGGAGGGAAAAGGAGAAGAACAAAGAGAUGAUCCGUGGUAGGGUCAGCGUAGUCGUGUCCUGUCUUGCGUGGGUUGUGGUGGUCAUUGCAGGUCCAUUUCCAAGGGGUAAGGUGUGCUGGGUGGUUCGCGGGGCAUCUCUUGCGUUGCUCAUCUGGUGCGCCCGCCACGGGGGCUCUGUGUAUUACUUCUUUUAUUGAGGGGGCAAUCAGUCCAGUCCCUUACCAGGGUGGCCGGCAGUCCCAAGGUGUCCAGGAAAAUGGCAACAUCCGCUGGGAACCAGAUUGUGGCUUCUAUGUUGUCUUUGCAUGCCUUGAGCCCGAACGGGAAGUGCCACCAGUACCUUAUCUGGUCGUCCUGGACUAGUGUGGUGAUAGGGUGGAGGGCCCUGCGAGUUUGUAGGGUGAGAUGGGAGAGGUCGUUGUACAACUCCACAGUUUGGCCCUUGUACCGCCAGGAUCUUUCCGUCCUUGCUUCUUUCAUGAUAUCUUCCUUUAGCUGAGUUUCUUGAAUGUAGCAGAUGACAUCUCGCGAUGGGGCUGAUGGAGGUGGCUUUGGGCGGAGUGCACGGUGUACCCUAUCUAUAUACAGACGUGCUUCUGGGGGUCUGUGCAGUAUCAGGUUAAACAGCGAGAUCAGUAUCUCCCUGUCAGGUAUAGCAUGGCAUGUAAUUUAUCGCCGGAACCCACUUCCGGGUUCACGGCGCUCAGCCCCGCCCCUUUCUCUGACGCGGUCCCUCCACGAUACUUAGGAGGACCGCGCCAGAUUCAAAGGGCUGGAUUAUUCGCACAGGUGCUGCAUGAAGAUCAGCUGCUCUACUUCUGAUCCUACCUGCUCCACUUCUAUACCUCGGCUAGUAAACGGAUUUCUACCUUCCACUUCCCUCGGCUAGUAAACGGAUUUCUACCUUCUCCACUUCUCGACCUCGGCUUGUAAACGGAUUUCUACCUUCUCCACUCCUAGACCUCGGCUUGUAACUCUGAAUUCUACCUUCUCCACUCCCAGACCUCGGCUUGUUAAAACGGACUUCCCCACUCUCCACUCCUAGUUCUCAGCUUGUUGAAACGGACUUCUAAUUUCUCCUUCAUUGGGUGAAUUAACCCUUCCAGUGCCAGAACUGCCUUUAAGUUAAGUAAUACUUUUACCAAACAAGUCAAUUACUAUUAUUUAUAUUACACAGUAUCUAAAACUCACUAAAGUGUCACUUUGUCUAAUUAUUCCUCUUACUCAUAAGGGAUUGCUACAAAGCCUAAUUUUACCUACAUGGAUAUUUAAAGGUACAGUGACCAUAGUUUCAUACCAAUAUAAAAGGAGGUGAACCUUAUUGUUGUUGCAACCAAGAAAUGCUGCAGUUGAGUUCCAAUUAAAGAAAUAUUACAAAAUAAGUAUUACAGAAUAAUCCAGCCUUUCAAUGGAACCAGCAGAUAUUAACUCUCAAGUUUCUGCCCUAACCAAUAGAGUGGAUACGAUUGCUCAAGGGUUACAGGAACUGCAAAUUACAAAUGAGAGAAUAUUAACCUAUGUUAGAGACAUUCAAGGUCAUCUUCCUCAUGCCGCUCUUCAAUCGGCUGGUGAUCCUGCUGUCUGUAAUCCAGAAAAAUUUCAUGGAGAUAGAACAAAGUACAGAGAGUUUUUGAAUUCUUGCAAACUACUAAUUGCUUUAAAACCUAGAUCUUAUCCCACCGAAAGAUCCAAAGUCUGUUCAGUGAUCUCUUUUUUAAGAGGUGAACCUAUGGCAUGGGCCCAUUCCUUUUUGGAAAAUGAUGAUCCCAUAUUGGAUUCAUUGGAUGAGUUCUUUGAAGCUAUGUCUUUAUUAUAUGAAGAUCCUUUUAAACAAACUACUGCUGAUUUAACCAUCAGAACAUUACACCAAAAGAAUAGACCUGUUGAAGAUUAUAUUGCAGAAUUCAAAAGAUGGGCUACAGAAACCCAAUGGAAUGACAUUACUUUACGCAAUCAAUUCCGUCUCGGAUUAUCUGAAGCUGUGAAAGAUGAACUCUCUCGUACAGAACUUCCUCCUACCUUAAAUGCAUUGAUUCAACUGUCUAUCAGUAUUGAUAGACGUCUAAGAGAAAGAAAAGCUGAAAGGGUUCUUACUAAUUCUACCUGGAGAAAACCUUUCACUACUCUAAAACUACCUGAAAAAAUUCCUCCACAAACUGAACCUAUGGAAGUAGGUAUAAUAAAAAGUCCUCUUACUUCUGAAGAAAGAAUAAGAAGGAGACAACUAAACUUAUGUAUGUAUUGUGCUUCGAAUGAACAUCUAAUUUCCGAAUGUCCUCUACUGAAACAUUCAAAAGGUGGUAAGCUUCAUUCAUCUACCUCUAUAUUGAACGUUUUUCAAAAAAGAAAAGCAUCUACUUAUUUUUCUAUAUCUCUCAUAUUACAGUGGGAUACAAAAAGAAUCGUGACUGAGGCCAUCAUUGAUUCUGGUGCUAAUGGAACUUUUCUUGAUUUUUCUUUUGUUUCAAAAAAUAAAAUUCCUUGUGUUCAAAAAACCAAUUUUAUUCCAAUCAGAGUUAUUGACGGUUCAUUUAUAUCCUCAGGACCCAUCAAAGAUGAAACAAUCCCUCUAAGAAUGAUUACCAACAACGUACAUUUCGAAUUCAUUACAUUUGAUAUUAUUAAAUCUCCACUUUAUCCCGUCAUUCUAGGAAUUAAUUGGUUAAAAAACCAUGAUCCUUUAAUUAAGUGGUCUCCCUUCUCCAUCUCCUUUGCUUCUGAUUUCUGUAAAAAAACGUGCUUACAACACAUUCCUAUUCUCCAAACUACUGUAGAACCAGUUAUACCUCCAUUCUACUCCGAUUUUGCAGAUGUCUUUUGUAAAAAAGAAGCGGAAACACUUCCUCCUCAUCGGCUAUAUGAUUGCCCAAUAGAUCUCAUACCCGGAGCUCCUAUUCCUUAUGGUCAUAUUUAUCCACUCUCUGAAAAGGAGUUAGAAAUUUUAAAAGAAUAUCUUAAUGAAAAUUUACGCAAAGGGUUCAUCAGACCCUCGACCUCUCCUGCUGCUUCUAGUAUUUUCUUUGUGAAGAAUAAAGACCAAACCAUCCGUCCUAUUAUAGAUUACAGAGCCUUAAAUAAAAUAACUAUUAAAAAUCGUUAUCCUCUUCCACUAAUAAAUGAAUUAAUUGAAAGGUUAAGAACUGCAACUAUAUUCACUAAACUCGACCUUCGAGGCGCAUAUAACCUCAUUAGAAUAAAACAGGAUGAUGAAUGGAAAACCGCCUUCCGGACAAGAUAUGGUCUCUACGAAUAUCUAGUGAUGCCUUUCGGGCUUUGUAAUGCCCCUGCAACGUUUCAACAUUUUAUCAAUGAUAUCUUUAGAGAUCUUCUGGAUGUAUGUGUUAUUAUCUACUUAGAUGAUAUCUUAAUAUAUUCUAACAAUUUGGAUGAACAUAGGAAACAUGUUAGAUGGGUUCUAUCUAGACUGAGAACUCAUAAAUUAUAUGCUAAACCAGAAAAAUGCCUUUUUGAGGUUACUGAAUUCUCUUUUCUAGGAUACAUUAUUUCACCUCAUUCUUUGAAGAUGGAUAAUUCCAAAAUCAAAUGUAUUAUUGAUUGGCCUGCUCCUACUACUACAAAAGAAUUACAAAGUUUUCUUGGAUUUGCAAACUUCUAUAGAAAAUUUAUUAGAAACUAUUCGGAUGUAUCACAUCCUCUUAACCUCCUCAACAGUAGUAAACGUCCUUUUAAUUGGAAUAAAGAUGCUCAAACAGCCUUCGACGAAUUAAAAAAAAGAUUUACAACUGCACCUAUUCUACAACUACCUAAUCCAACAUUCCUAUAUGUUCUUGAAGUUGAUGCAUCAGAUGCAGCCAUCGGAGCAGUUCUUUCUCAACAAAAGACUCCACAAGAUCCACUUCAUCCAGUUGCCUUUUUUUCAAGAUCCUUGAGCUCUGCUGAAAAAAAUUAUCCUAUUGGUGAAAAAGAAUUAUUAAGUGUUAAAGCUGCCUUCGAAAAUUGGCGUCAUCUUCUGGAAGAUACAAAACAACCUAUAAUAGUUUAUACUGACCAUAAAAAUCUUGAAUAUCUCUAUACUAACAAAACCCUUACAGCUAGACAAGUUAGAUGGAACCUAUUCUUUAACCGAUUUAACUUCCAAUUAAUAUACAGACCUGGAAAUAGAAAUAAAAAGGCUGACGCUCUUUCUCGAAUUCCUUCUAAAACUACUACUGAUGAUUAUCCUUCUACCAAAAUAAUAGGAAUCCUCUCUUCUCUUCAUGAUGACAUAAAGAAUUUGAAUCAGAAGGAUCUUGAACUUCCCAAAACACCUAUACUAACAAAAAAGGAUGGUCUAUUUUAUUUUAAAAAUAGAAUUUAUAUUCCUCCCAUUCUUAGGAAUAAAUUACUUAAGAUGGUUCAUGAUUCCCCCCUAGCUGGACAUCCUGGAAUAAAGAAAACACUUGAACUAACUUCACGAUAUUAUUGGUGGCCUCGCCAGGAUAGAACCAUUGCAUUAUAUGUCAAAACAUGUCCUAUCUGUCAAAGGUCUAAACCAGAACAUAAUCAACCUUUUGGAUUACUACUUAACUUACCUAUUCCAGAAAAACCUUGGCAAUCCAUUUCUAUGGAUUUUAUCGUUGAUCUUCCACCUUCUCAACAUUUCACCACUAUUCUUGUCGUUGUGGAUCGCUUCACAAAAAUGUCCCAUUUCAUUUCUUUAAAAAAAUUACCCUCCUCUGUAGAAUUGUCUAAGGUCUUUAUUGACAAUAUUGUGAAACUUCAUGGUCUUCCUGAAGAAAUUAUUUCUGAUAGGGGGACACAAUUUACCUCCAAAUUCUGGAAAGAGAUGUGUCUCUCCCUUCAAAUUCAACGCAAACUCUCUUCCGCUUAUCAUCCCCAAACUAAUGGGCAAACAGAAAGGGUUAACCAAUGUUUGGAACAAUAUCUUCGAUGUUAUUGUUCAUACCUCCAAGAUGACUGGACCACAUGGUUACCUAUGGCCGAAUUUUCUUACAAUAAUACCAUUCAUUCUAGUACGAAAAUGACUCCUUUCUUCUCCAACUAUGGUUUUCAUCCGUCUUCAUUCCCCAUCCAAACCAUUACUUCAUCCAAUCCUACUGUUACAUCAAAAAAUGAAUUUAUGUCUUCUCUAUUUUUCAAAUUACGGGAGAAUCUUCAACUCGCCCAAAAUAACCAGAAAAAGUUUUUUGACAAUAAUAGAAGAAUUCCCCCUCCUUACAAGGUAGGGGAUCUUGUCUGGCUCUCUUCAAGGAAUAUUACCACAAGCCGUCCUUCAAAGAAAUUGAGCUCUCUUUUUCUUGGUCCCUUUCAAGUAAUUACUAUCAUUAAUGAUAACGUUGUUAAACUAAAACUUCCUCCAAGUUUUAAACUUCAUCCAGUAUUCCAUGUCUCCUUACUUAAACCACACAUCCCUGAUCCUUUUUAUAGGGAAAUAGUAACAACUCCUGAACCUAUCAUUAUCCAAGGUGAAGAAGAAUAUGAAAUUCACAAAAUUUUGGAUUCUCGUGUCCACCGUGGCUCCUUACAAUACCUUAUCAGAUGGAAAGGUUAUGGAGUUGAUGAAGACACUUGGGAAGAUUCAUCUAAUGUACAUGCUAGGAGGUUAGUUACUGCCUUUCACAAACGCUAUCCCUCCAAACCGAAAUAGUGCACCCAGAGGUUGCCCCAUGGGAAGGGGGUACUGUCAGGUAUAGCAUGGCAUGUAAUUUAUCGCCGGAACCCACUUCCGGGUUCACGGCGCUCAGCCCCGCCCCUUUCUCUGACGCGGUCCCUCCACGAUACUUAGGAGGACCGCGCCAGAUUCAAAGGGCUGGAUUAUUCGCACAGGUGCUGCAUGAAGAUCAGCUGUUCUACUUCUGAUCCUACCUGCUCCACUUCUAUACCUCGGCUAGUAAACGGAUUUCUACCUUCUCCACUUCUCGACCUCGGCUUGUAAACGGAUUUCUACCUUCUCCACUCCUAGACCUCGGCUUGUAACUCUGAAUUCUACCUUCUCCACUCCCAGACCUCGGCUUGUUAAAACGGACUUCCCCACUCUCCACUCCUAGUUCUCAGCUUGUUGAAACGGACUUCUAAUUUCUCCUUCAUUGGGUGAAUUAACCCUUCCAGUGCCAGAACUGCCUUUAAGUUAAGUAAUACUUUUACCAAACAAGUCAAUUACUAUUAUUUAUAUUACACAGUAUCUAAAACUCACUAAAGUGUCACUUUGUCUAAUUAUUCCUCUUACUCAUAAGGGAUUGUUACAAAGCCUAAUUUUACCUACAUGGAUAUUUAAAGGUACAGUGACCAUAGUUUCAUACCAAUAUAAAAGGAGGUGAACCUUAUUGUUGUUGCAACCAAGAAAUGCUGCAGUUGAGUUCCAAUUAAAGAAAUAUUACAAAAUAAGUAUUACACUCCCUUAGGUUUUCUGGGCCUAUGGGUUCGCGGAGUCCUCGUAUUCUAAUAUUGUUCCUGCGCAGGCCUGCCAUAGGAGUGAUUGGGGUGAUGUACCUGCAUUGUGGGGCCUGCAUUUUCCAGCGCCGUCACUCUUCCCUCCAAAUCCUACAAGGAAGUGCGCAAGGAGGCGAUCUCUGUUCUGAGGGUUGUUUUAACCUCCUGCACUAUUGAUUGGAGGUCUUCUUUUUUUGGCAGGGAGGUGAACAGUGCAUACCAAUCCAGUGUGGGAUUCCCCUGAUCUCGGGGACCGGCGGCAGUGAGCAGGCUGUCCUCGGAGACAGUUGAUCCUGGUAAGGAGGGUGCCAUGUUGGAGGCCUUGUGGUGUGAGGCAAGGAGCCCCGGCGUGUGCAGGUAGCUGCGGAUGGAGGCAGACGGACCCUCACCUUGCGUCCUCUGUGUGGUAGGGGUCAUUGUGGAUCGCUUUGUGCGGCCCAUUAGGUCUCUAGGUGUGCUGAUGUGUGCGGAUUUUGUCGGCAGGGCUCGGAGCACGGGGAUAACGCCGCCAUUCUCGUUCGGCACCAAGCCUCGCCCCGGCUGAAGGGGUUUUAACCCAUUCAGUCCAGCGGGAGGGGGGCCCUGAGGGUGGGGGAUACCUAAUGACCCUAUAGUGCCAGGAAAACGAGUUUGUUUUCCUGGCACUAUAGUCGUCCUUUAAGUUUUUCAUAUAUUUCCAGAGAUCUAAAAAAGGUGACAACACCAAAUUUGAAGGGAUUGUACUUGUACUUUUGGAACUGUAAAAGGCCCACAGUUUUCCCUUUAAAUAUCACAAAAAGCAUCUCUUCGCUCAAGGUCGUAUCGCAGUUAGUUUGCAACCAUCUUCCUCAGUGUUGUACAAAGCAGUUAAUAUGGAGGCAAAUCUCGGAUUUGGCUAUACUCUAUAGGUAAAUCAACAAAGUAAUGUGUUGUAAACUGACUUAUACUUCCAGGCUCAGCCAUAGCUGCUUCAGGAGAUAUUAAUUGUAACUCAUGUUUUCUUUAACCAUUGGUUACUGUUGCUUACAAUACAAUAUGUGAGCAAUACUUAUGUACAUUGUUGGUGCAUACAGUAAUUUUAAGAGGUACAGAGCAUGGAGAGCAGAGAUGGGCUGUGAGCACAGGCUAACUCUCUGUCAUGACUACUAAUGUGAUCCAAAACGCAAAACUAUGCAAUAUCUACAUAUAACAGAAAAUAGACAGAACGUAAACCGGUCCUUAGAAUGGCCGGAUUAAUACGUUGAAAGACAGAGAAUGGUCAAGUAAGCCAGAAAUACAGAAGAUUGAUAAGAAAGCCUAGUCAGGAAAAACCAGAGAUCAGAACAGUCAGGAAUAUCAAGGUCAGAAUACCGGGAAUAUCAAUAACAAGGACAAGAAAACGCACUCUCGGGAACCAGGAACAGAAACCACGACAGGGCAAUGAACUAGGGAAAUUCAGGUGUUUAAAUAUCCCUCCUUGGGCUGUGAUUGGUCAGGGCUUGGCCUCUGACCCCAGAACGUGCGUGUGUCGACGUUGUGACGUCACACGCACAGUCACGUAAACUUUAAAGGCCGAGCUACAAAUGGUUGGGACCUCGUGGUCGGCACCAUUUUGGAUCCCGCGUGUGAAGGGGAUGGAUGCCCCAGCGUGUCGGCUCCUGGCUCAUUGCUGAACAGAUAUUUCCUCAAACCUGUCAGCGUGGUCGCACCGAUCGGGUGUGACCACGUGGAGAAGCCAGCUGAGGCCGUGACACUCUCUCCACUGAUUAGAUGAAAUGGCAAUCGAUGAUGUGGAAGUGUAAAAUCUACAUUAUUACUGCAACAUGACCUGUUGAAGGGGUGAAAUAAUAAUUUAUGCAGCCAACGUAGGCCUCGAUUUAAUAUUACUGGAUAAGCUUUUCAAGUGAUUUAAUAUUUUUGGAUGAUCUUUUAAAAUAAUUUUUCAAACUAUUAAAAUAUAUAAACACAUAUAAUAUAUAAACAACUAUCAAAAAUUGAAAAAAUAAAAUAUUUUUCAUAAUAUUACAUCUUUUUAAAAUGUAUCCAAAAAUAUUAAAUCAAUUUUAAAAUUAUCCAACAGUAUUAAAUCAAGGCCCUGAUGUCUCUUUCUUGUUUAAUUAACAGUAAUAAGGUAAACAAGAAAAACUCACAGGCACUCCAAAUGUGAAGCUGCAGGCAAAUUUAUUGCAACAAAAUGCACAGCAACAUUUCGACCUAACAAGCUUGACAAAGACCUCCUGUUAGGUCGAAACGUUCCUGUGCAUUUUGUUGAAAUAAAUCUGCCUGCGGCUUCACAUUUGGAGUGCAUGUGAGUUUUUCUUGUUUACCUUGUCGUGUUGGGAUUGCUGGUCCUGCUCUGGAACACCUGUGGCUGUUGGGAGUGAGUGCGGUUCGUGCGAUCUACCUUGCUAAUUAACAUUAACGCCACAAUAAGCAAGAUUUGCACCUUCACUUUCAAAGUGAUAGUUAUAUUGUGUAAAUCCUAAGCUUCAAAUCCCAGUAAAAUACAUUUUAACUACUAUUUGAGGAAGCAUCCAAAAUAAGGGCUGAGGUUAUAUAUUGAAGAAACUGUACCCUUUGCUGUCUACAUAAUCUAGCAAUCAAUUCCAUGCCAUUGUACUAUUUGAAAGGCAAUCCGUGUUAGAACCAUAGCCACCGUAACUCAUUGUUUUCCCUCGGUGCCAUCUCCUAGUUUAUGUAAAACUACCAUUUAUUGGUGCAACACUUUAAAAUAUUUGCAGGUCGAUUUACUAGAGCCUCCUGGGAAAAUAAAGUGUCCCAGAAUGUGUAUGUAAGCUGUUAUGUCAGAAAAAGAACCUCCCAUGUAAGUGUGAAAACUCCCAUAGUAAAGCAUAGAAACUAAGGUGGUGGUUCAUAUUUAAUAAAUUGACAUAUAAUUGAUACAUUUACAGAUGUAUGCAUAUGUGAAGGAAACAGUAGGGAACAAGGUUAUGGAACUAUAUUUAGGCCAGUCAUUUUCAUGACUUAAAGCAUCUAAAUGGACUUCGUAAAUUUAAUCAACCCAUUUAGCAGCAAUAACCAAAUCCCCAAAACUCUGUGUCUUCAACACAAUGACGUCUAUUAACUACAACAACCAAGCAAUAAUAAAAUAUCAUAUCCAGCAAUAUAGGAUCCCAAUAUCCAACUUAAAGGACCACUAUAGUGCCAGGAACACAUACUCGUUUUCCUGGCACUAUAGUGCCCUGAGGGUGUCCCCACCCUCAGGGUCCCCCUCCCGCCCGGCUCUGGGGAAAGGAAAGGGGUUAAAACUUACCUUUUUCCAGUACUGGGCGGGGAGCUCUCCUCCUCCGAUCCUCCCCUCUCCGCCCCUUCGGCUGAAUGCGCACGCGCGGCAAGAGCUGCGCGCGCAUUCAGCCGGUCACAUUUUCAAUGCUUUCCUAUGGACGCUUGCGUGUUCUCACUGUGAUUUUCACAGUGAGAAUCAUGCAAGCGCCUCUAGUGGCUGUCAAUGAGACAGCCACUAGAGGAAUUGGAGGAAGGAUUAACCCUAUUAUAAACAUAGCAGUUUCUCUGAAUGGGUUAACCCUAGCUGGACCUGGCACCCAGACCACUUCAUUAAGUUGAAGUGGUCUGGGUGCCUAGAGUGGUCCUUUAACACAACAUUGCAAGGAUCAAACAAUCAAAGACAACACCUGAGUGAAAAACACACUUUUAACACCUGUACAACAUGCAUCAUCUAACUUUCCACCAUGUUUCCAUUUGAAACUUUCUCCAUCAUGAGAAAAUAGAUUGUCUGAAAUGCAGCUGCAUCCAACACUGCUGCAAACCAUGAAUCCUAAAUAUACCUAAACCGAGUAUUUGACCCUUUUUACACCUGUCUUCGAGAUCAAGGUGGGAACAAAAGAGUUAUGAUAUAGUCAAGAUAACUUAAGAGUAAUUUUCUACCCCAUCCCACACAGUAGCAUCUGUUGAUAUGAAUAAAAGCAAUCAGGUUAACCUCCCAAGUGAACAUUUUUAAUGCCACCCAGUUUGAUUGUGGUAUCUUAUGUCCCUCUAUAUGUUGUUCCUAGAGUUGCCACUACAUACACACACUCACGCAUACAGAUCCACACAGGUACCUCCCUUAUCACUCCUGUAUAUCCAUGCCCCAGCUAUCUUCGUCAUCACCCUUGGAUCCCCAUUCCCCCAGGUAUCUCCCUCACAGCCCAGUGUUUCUUAAUACCUCCAGGUAUCAUAUUCACUCUACAGUGUAUAAGGGAGGGUUGCUUCCUUAGCAUCAUAGCCUCACAGUGUGUAACACCUUGCUCUCAGUACCUCUGCAACUCAUGGAUCCAGUCACUCAUGUCCAUCUUGUCUGUCAUCAGAAUGAUGAACGAGAAUGAGAAAUGGGCAGAUUGACUUACGCAGAGAGGGUGUGUCCAGGAAGCAUUCAUACCUUUCUACUUUGUGCAGGUGGCCUGUGGGCCACAGUACUAUACUUAGGGGACUUCAGUUUGGCCCACUUGCCAGUACUUUGAGAUCUCUGAUUUAUAGACCAUAUGCUAAGUUAUGUAUUAUUUCAUUACAGUUAACGUAAUUUGCUAUAUUAUGACGUGGUUUUACUUCAGGCAUAUGCAACAAAGGUACACAAAAACAUACAGCACAAAUGCUACUUCACUCCUGGACAUUUUACUGGACCAUACAUCACUAACUUUACAGAAAUGAUAUUUUAUAUGAAUACUAUGGAAAUGAUGGGUGUUGCAUUAACAGUCAUAUUUUAUUACCUUACAAUUAAAGAGCCUACACAGGCACUUCUUACAAAAUUGAACUGUUACUGAGAAUCAGAAAUGAAGAGGUAUGGUGGCAAGUUUGUUUUUAGAGGAUGUGCCUUUUUACUUCUUGUUCUUGUGUCUCUUAUUUGAGAUUUAAUUACAUAGUUGAAUUACUUACAUAGUUGAAUUAAUUACCUAUCACAACAACCAACCUGUUCCUCUUGAAUAUGUAAUUAUUGGAUCGUAGCAGAUAUUCCAUCAAGAAUGUCGUAGCAUUGCAGAUAUGUUAGGCCACUGUUGGUGGAUGGAUGAAACUUUGUCACAGUAGCUUACUCGUCUUAAUGUUUGCACUUUAAGAUAUUCUGUAUGCCUGGACCUAUUAUUCUCUUGAUAAUUGGCGGAGGUUUGCGAUCUCUGGGUUUGGAAGCAUCAGCUGACUACCUUGAUUUAAUGCUGUGGUGUGAGUGCAGUCCCUCUUCUUGUUUAUUGAUUAUGGUAGUUGGAGGGCAUCAACAAGACGUUGUCAUUAAACCAUUCAAAAGUGGAUUGAGAGUUUAAGGUAAGACAGUGCUCAGGACCUUCAAAACACAUAACUUUAAUGAGAUUAAGUUGUUAUGGUGCCUUGAGUGUAUCUUUAAUGAAGGUAUUUUAAAAUAGUUAAAAUAUUAUAUUACAAUUGAAGAAUGAGUCACUGAGCAUAUUUUAUGAUUGAAAAUGAAGUUGCCAAGCUAAUGCCAAGUAUAUAAUUUGUCAAAGAUUAAGAGCCUCUGUCUAAUAUCAACAUCAAGUGAAGCUUCAAUGUACUGUAGCUGGGCUUCUCUUCCAGUCAGUUGAAGAAAAAAAGCUUUUGCUUAUUGCAGGAGAUUCUUUGUGCACCCAGUUGCUAGAGUGUUUUACUGUGGCAUUGGCUCCGUCUGAAGUGAUGAGUUUUGCUCAUAUAUUGGGCCUGAGUUAUUUAUAGUAAAGGGUUUAUUUACUUAAAGGAACACUAUAGUGUCAGGAAUACACAAAUGUAUUCCUGACACUAUAGUUCUAUUAGAGCUGUUUAGGUAGCCGGUCCCCAUGUUCCCUGUUAAAAAGUUGUUUUACUCACCUUAUUUCCAGCACCACGUGAGUCUUGUCGUGGCUGUUCCCGCCCCCACUCCGCCUCCUUGGUUGAGAUUGUGAUGGUAGUCACCAUCCCUGGGGAUGGAAGACAGACACUAUGGGUGGGCUCCCAAAUUCCUUUUGUGUUUUGUGUUUUGAAACAUUGUGCCUAUUAUUUGUGCAGGGUAUGUUGAAUGUAUUGCUGGUCUGUGCAUCUCCCCCUCCCCCCUUUUUCCUGUUCUAUUGUUUCCCCAGCAGGGCGUUGUCCCAGGGACACUGCCAGACCAGUUUAAUCUAGCUGCUCUGUCCCUCCUCAAUCUCCAAUCAGCCCUUGCUAUUGUCUGACCCCACCCUUCCUUGUACUAUAGUAAUCUAUGUAACCUAUUGUAUUUAAAUGAGGCUGUUGGGGGCUUAAACUAUGUGUGCUGUAUUCAUUAAAGAGUUGCUGUUUAACCUUCACCAUGUGUCCUCUGGUCAAGCCUUGGCGUUUGGGUCUGAAGUGUUUCAGGGUUCCUGAUAGCUACAAGGAAGCAGACUUGGCGGAGGUACUCGGUCGGAGUACUGGAGCUCCGUUACAUUGGUUGGCAGCGGUGGGAUGGCUUCCUAGCAGCUGGAGAAACGUCCCUGGACACCGGCGCCUCUACUGGGAUCCCACUGUGCUUUCUGGAAUUCAUGGAAAUGGAUAGAGCUAGCACCUGUGGAGAAUCCCCAUCUGAGGAGGAGUUACAGCGGAGGCUACAAGCAGCUCUGUCCCAGUACGAUGGCCCUUUCUUAACAAGGGGUGAACUGGACCGGCGGGACUCGAUCCGUCGGGAUCUCUGGAACAAUGUUCUUGAGGAGGUUUGUUGUCUCCGGGGAGAAUCCCUCCCAACCAUUAUGCAACGAUUUUGGGAUCAAGUUGAUUUGCGGAUGCAAUUCUUGGGAGAGCAGGCUCUGGCGGAAUGGGUGUUUAAAUUAGAGGAGCUGGUACAGAAAGAAUUGUGGCUGGAUGAUUCUUACCGGGCCUUAAGGUGGUAUGCAGUCUAGCAGUACCCAUUUCUAGCAGAUGAUGACCCUCCAGAGGGUGAGGACUAUGCUGGCCCUGGGAGGCCUUUGAGGAUAAAAUUGAAUUGGGAAAUCCUGAGAGGUCCAGGAAAAAUAGGGAACACCUACUGGAUCUCUCAGAAGCAAUUGACCUGGAACCUGAUUUGACCCACCUGGCCACCAUGGAGUGGGAGCUUGAACUGGAUUACAAGCAAUUGUUUGAUUCUGCACAGCAGCAGGUACCAGAGACUGGGAAUUUAAUAGACCUUACAUCUGAAUAUGUUGGUCAGAUAGAUGUGGAAGGAACUGUAUUCUCCACACCUGAAUCACGGGGAUACUGGGCAGCCAUCCCAGAUCUCCCACCUCCUGGCAUGGAAACUCAUGCAGCAGAGGUAGAGGUUGUCGGUCUCCCCCUUCAGCAGCAGAUUGAGUUACUGGGAAUAGAGGUAGUCGAUCUCCCUCCCCAGCUGAAGUUUGCGUUACAGGGAGAGGAUGCAGUUGGUCUUUUUCCCCAGCGGCAAAGUGUAACCCCAGCAGAAGAGCUGGCAUCAGGACAGAGGACCACUGGCCUCUGCCCCCAACUUGCAGCAACGCCGGAAGUUGAGAGCAGGGAGGACAGCCUUUCGGUGAUGGUGGAACUUGAGGAGUACACCACCAUCCCAGCUGAAGCACUGGCAUUGAGUCAGAGCGCUGCUGGCCUCUGUGCCCAACUUGCAAUGACGCUGGAGUUGAAGAGCAGGGAGAUCAACCUUCUAGUGAAGGUGGAGUUCAAGGAGUGUGCAACUUCCCCAGCUGAAGUGCUGGCAUCGGGGCAGAGCUCCACUUGCCUCUGCCCAAACCCACUGGUAAUCCGCAGAACUCAGGUAUCAGACACUGCUGGUCCCACGGAAGAGCGGAUCCCAGAGCAUAGCACGGCUAACCUCAGCCCUUUGCCACAAGCACUGGGGGAUCUCUAUAAAUGGAUGGGACUCUGGUCUCUACCUGUAGUCCCCAGGAAGGCUGGACAAUGAGCUCCGAUCCCCAACCCCAUGUCAGAGGGGGCCCAGCCACUCUGCCUUCCCUCCACGGCUGAGAGAGAUCCAGGGAGACAGGACAGUGGGCACGCAUCGCCAGGUAUAUGCUUUAGUAGAUGUAGAGGUCGGCUGGGUAUGUGCUGCUCUUCCAUGGGCAAUUUGUUUGGGAUACCGAUUCGGUGAUGGCCUUGAUGAUCUGGAUGUAGUCACUAACUUCAGAAUCAACUCGUCUGGCGUCUCCUGUAUUGGUCUCCUUCUGAAGGGGGAGAAAUAAGCUAGAAACUAUUCUGAGCUGGAUAUACAGGGUUCCAGAAUUGCUAUUGGGGUCUAUGGGGGUCACAUUGGCCCCCUAAGAGUGGAGUCAUAUGGGGUUAGGUUUGAGUUUGGGAAGGGGGCCAUGGCAGAUUCACUGGGAACUCCCUUUCUCCACUUCCAAGUCCCCUCUUAUGUCUAAGGCACCCUGUGCUUAUUAUAGCCACAGGGUGACCGAGAAGACCAGUCUGGCCUGCCCAAACCAGACUUCCACAGACUGAUCAGCUAUGUGGGCUCCAUGCUCCCGACCGGGACAAACUUACAAACUAUGUGUAACUUUGUCGAGAAGGCUGCCAGGAUGGAUGGACUUUUUAGGACUUAUUACCCGACUAACUCAGACACAGACCGAUUGGAGGUCUGGUACCUGGUUAGUCUAUCUUUCGGGGGGAAGAUAUGUGACGGUAGUCACCAUCACUGGGGAUGGAAGACAGACACUAUGGGCGGGCUCCCAAAUUCCUUUUGUGUUUUGUCACAUUGUGCCUAUUAUUUGUGCAGGGUAUGUUGAAUGUAUUUCUGGUCUGUGCAUCUCCCCCUCCCCCCUUUUUCCUGUCCUAUUGUUUCCCCAGCAGGGCGUUGUCCCAGGGACACUGCCAGACCAGUUUAAUCUAGCUGAUCUGUCCCUCCUCAAUCUCCCAUCAGCCCUUGCUAUUGUCUGACCCCACCCUUCCUUGUACUCUAGUAAUCUAUGUAACCUAUUGUAUGUAAAUGAGGCUGUUGGGGGCUUAAACUAUGUGUGCUCUAUUCAUUAAAGAGUUGCUAUUUAACCUUCACCAUGUGUCGUCUGGCGUUUGGUCCAGGGUGGAAAAGGCCCUAAGUGAUCCCAGUCAAGCCUCGGCGUCUGGGUCUGACGUGUUUCAGGGUCCCUGAUAGCUACAAGGAAGCAGACCUGGCGGAGGUACUCGGUCGGAGUACUGGAGCUCCGUUACAGAGAUCAUCAAACUUGAUGAUGUCAUCCAAUCCAAUGCUUUACCAUAAAAAAGCAUUGGAGGCUAUUGCGCAUGCGCGGAAAAAAUGCUGCGCUGUGCCAAUCAGCAGCUCCUCAUAGAGAUGCAUUGAAUCAGUGUAUCUCUAUGCGGAAUGUUCAGCACCUCCAUGCUGGGUGUGGAGACGCUGAAAAUGAGUGACUGCCACUAAAGGUGUUCCUAGGCAGUAAUGUAAACAGUGCCUUUUCUCUGAAUAUGCAGUGUUUGCAUUAAAAAGCCUGCAGAGACAUGCUAUAGACACUAGCACAACAACAUUAAGCUGUAGUUGUCAAUUUGAGUGAGAAUUCAAAGAGAAUUUCAAAUUGAAAGGGUUACUAUAACCCUUUUGAAAGGUGGAACCUUUCUGUCAAAAAGUGCCCUACUGAGCAAUAUGGGGAACAUCCCCCCCCCUCUCAAUUUGCAGUAAAACCUCCAAAGAAAAGGUUUUUCUUUGCUUAAAUCCUUCCCCAGAAGAAGCUCCCGGAACUGUUUUUCUGUACCCCCAUCCGACAUCACUGGGACCAUGCGUGGUCCAAUCACAGGCUUCUCAUAGGAACAGUGUUCUGGGCUGCCUAAGUUGCAUGUGCUGGGGCUGCAACUAUCCUCCAGCACACAAUUAACAAUAUCUCUGUAUGUGCAGUGUUUUAAAUAGAAACAAUGCACGUAAUGACUACUACCACCACCAUGACCAUUUCAAAUCACUGAAGUGGUGAUGGUGGUUGGAGUAACACUUUAAGGCCAAAGUAGCUGAACUGAAAUCAAAGCUGACAUAGAGAGGUUUUCCAAUUCUGCAAUUUUGACUUAAAGGACCACUAUAGUGCCAGGAAAACAUACUCGUUUUCCUGGCACUAUAGUGCCCUGAGGGUGCCCCCACCCUCAGGGACCCCCUCCAGCCCAGCUCUGGAAAGGGGAAAAGAGGUUAAACUUACCUUUUUCCAGCGCUGGGUGGGGAGCUCUCCUCCUCCGAUCCUCCUCCGUUCCUCCUCCUGGGCUGAAUGCGCACGCUCGGCAAGAGCUGCGCGCGCAUUCAGCUGGUCACAUAGGAAAGCAUUCAUAAUGCUUUCCUAUGGACGCUUGCGUGCUCUCACUGUGAAAAUCAUGUGAUCUGAAAAUCACAGUGAGAAGCACGCAAGCGCCUCUAGUGGCUAUCAAUGAGACAGCCACUAGAGGAUUAGGGGGAAGGCUUAACCCAUUGAUAAACAUAGCAGUUUCUCUAAAACUGCUAUGUUUAUGAAAAAAUGGGUUAACCCUAGCUGGACCUGGCACCCAGACCACUUCAUUAAGCUGAAGUGGUCUGGGUGCCUAGAGUGGUCCUUUAAGCAAAUAAACCCUCAAAAUGUUCAAAUACUUGCCCUAUCACAUGAACAGCAGCAUAUUAAAGGGGUAAUCUGGAUUAUGGAAUUAACCACCGGAAUAAUUGCUUUAUUAAUCAUUCUACUAAUCUGAACCAAUCAAUGUAGUUCUUUUUAUUGCUUUAUUAAAUAUAGGUUUGUUUUUAGUUUAGAUAAAUCCAGUAUCCAAAAGUAAUCCCUAUUAAAAUACAUCAGUUGAGAAUUUGAUCCAUUCUGUAUUGCAAGCCUGCUUGCUAUAAAUAUGUUAGUGACAUAUCCUCUCAUCUCACACAUUAUUUAAUUUAUCUGAGCUACGUAAAAGCCAAGAUCAUCAAAUAUUAAAAGCCUGUUUAAACUUGUAGAAGAUAUGUUGCUGGCACCAAGUCCAGUUUUAUUGGCAGAUAUUUUACGCAGACUUAUUUAAUAAACUUUGAUUUUGUUAUUUUUAAUGCACAUAUUUACAGAACAAAGGAUAAGCAAGAUUACUUUAAUUAAACUUGUGCAUUUAAGAAAGAGAAAUCGGCUCACCAGAACUAUUCAUGGUUUUUCUUCCAUUGUAUCUUAGUUUUGUUACACUAAAUUAGUAAUAUAGUUCCUCUGAAUUUUGCUUUGGAAAUUUUGUUCAUUCACAACAUUUGGACACCUUUUAAAUACUACCGUAUAGAACUCAUGGUUUAAAAGAGGAACCUGGCAAAUGGUAGCUUGUGCUAUUUCUUCUCACCAUGGGAUAUGAAGGUCAAUAUAUGAGGUAGUAGGCUACCAUCUCCAAGCUCCCGUCGAAUACUGAAGCAUAUGGGGCGUGGGGGAGGUGUAGGAAGCAGCCAAAUGAUUCUUCCUAUGCUCUUUACCCAUGCAUGAUUGAUGAAGCAUGAGGGGAAUAGUUUUAUACAGUUGCAAGAAAAAGUAUGUGUAUUCCCUUUGGAAUGAUAUGGAUUUCUGCAAAAAAAAAGUAUUCCCUUUGGAAUGAUAUGGAUUUCUGCACAAAUUGGUCAUAAAAUGUGAUCUGAUCAUCAUCUAAGUCACAACAAUAGACAAUCACAGUCUGCUUAAACUAAUAAAACACAAAGAAUGAAAUGUUGCCAUGUUUUUAUUGAACACACCAUGUAAACAUUCACAGUGCAGGUGGAAAAAGUAUGUGAACCCUUGGAUUUAAUAACUGGUUGAACCUCCUUUGGCAGCAAUAACUUCAACCAAACGUUUCCUGUAGUUGCAGAUCAGACGUGCACAACGGUCAGGAGUAAUUCUUGACCAUUCCUCUUUACAGAACUGUUUCAGUUCAGCAAUAUUCUUGGGAUGUCUGGUGUGAAUCGCUUUCUUGAGGUCAUGCCACAGCAUCUCAAUCGGGUUGAGGUCAGGACUCUGACUGGGCCACUUCAGAAGGCGUAUUUUCUUCUGUUUAAGCCAUUCUGUUGUUGAUUUACUUCUAUGCUUUGGGUCAUUGUCCUGUUGCAACACCCAUCUUCUGUUGAGCUUCAGCUGGUAGACAGAUGGCCUUAGGUUCUCCUGCAAAAUGUCUUGAUAAACUUGGGAAUUCAUUUUUCCUUCGAUGAUAGCAAUCCAUCCAGGCCCUAACACAGCAAAGCAGCCCCAAACCAUGAUGCCCCCACCACCAUACUUCACAGUUGGGAUGAGGUUUUGAUGUUGGUGUACUGUGCCUUUUUGUCGCCACACAUAGUGUUGUGUGUUUCUUCCAAACAACUCAACUUUGGUUUUCAUCUGUCCACAGAUGAAUAUUUUGCCAGUACUGCUGUGGAACAGCAGCAACGUGCAGCAAUGUUUUGUUUGGACAGCAGUGGCUUCCUCUGUGGUAUCCUCCCAUGAAAUCCAUUCUUGUUUAGUGUUUUACGUAUUGUAGAUUCGCUAACAGGGAUGUUAGCAUUUGCGAGUGACUUUUGUAAGUCUUUAGCUGACACUCUAGGAUUCUUCUUCACCUCAUUGAGCAGUCUGCUCUGUGCUCUUGCAGUCAUCUUUACAGGAUGGCAACUCCUAGGGAGAGUAGCAGCAGUGCUGAACUUUCUCCAUUUAUAGACAAUUUGUCUAACCGUGGACUGGUGAACAGCAAGGCUUUUGGAGAUAUUUUUAUAACCCUUUCCAGCUUUAUGCAAGUCAACAAUUCUUAAUCGUAGGUCUUCUGAGAGCUCUUUUGUGCAAGGCAUCAUUCACAUCAGGCAAUGCUUCUUGUGAAAAGCAAACCCAGAACUGGUGUGUGUUUUUUAUAGGGCAGGGCAGCUGUAACCAACACCUCCAUUCUCAUCUUAUUGAUUGGACUCCAGUUGGCUGACAUCUCACUCCAAUUAGCUCUUGGAGAUGUCAUUAGUCUAGGGGUUCACAUACUUUUUCCACCUGCACUGUGAAUGUUUACGUGGUGUGUUCAAUAAAAACAUGGCAACAUUUCAUUCUUUGUGUGUUAUUAGUUUAAGCAGACUGUGAUUGUCUAUUGUUGUGACUUUAGAUGAUGAUCAGAUCACAUUUUAUGACCAAUUUGUGCAGAAAUCCAUAUCAUUCCAAAGGGUUCACAUACGUUUUCUUGCAACUGUAUAAUAGAGCUUUGUAAAAGGGUCCCCAAUGUCCCUCACUCAUGGACAGGAGGUGAGGAAUAAAGUAUGAAGUUGGCAUGGCAUUAGUGUAGGGCACUAGGGGACCUUUUGGUGUUGGUGGGGAAUAGGAGCACAAUGAGGCUACCAUUCCUGUAAUGAAAUAUCUAUUAUGAACAUCUAAUUUUAUUGACGAAUUUCACUCCCUAGGUAGUUUGUUCAUGGAUUUCAGGAACAGGAGUUCAAUCUUGUGACAGAAGUCCCUUCCCUUCCUAUGGAUGCUGCUGUCACCACUUUUUUUGUGGUACAUGGAACAGCUGAUCCACUCUCCUAUCACCUAGUACCUGCAGUAAAAAGACUAGAAGACUUGCGGAGGGGUUUGAGACUUAACCUCCUGUCUAUAAUCUAAUCUAUUAUAGGUUUCCUUAUGGACUUUUGUAAUGUAAUUGCAUGUUAUGGCAAUGUAGGCAGAAUGCUGUGAUUUUUAUUGCCUAUGUUCCCCUGACUCCUCCAUGUGACAGGAGAAACUGCGGGCAGGGUGAACAAUACGUGCCAGGGAGAAGGAGCAGGCAGAGGGGACGAUACCUGCCUGUUCAGUGUAAAAUUGCUGUGGUGGUCCAUGGUGCAAGAGGAAAAAGGAUGAAUGGACAAUGUUGGAGGGCUGUUCUGGAUAGCAAGUCAGGGACCAUUCACCCCUGUUCCUAUUACAGUUUGAUUUACUUCAUGUAGUGAAGACAUUUUGAGUAGUGUAUUUGUUUUAUGGUCAUGGUGUCAAACAAAAACCAUUAGGUUAGCUAUGUUAACAAGUAAACAAAACAUUGGAGAAUGUAGAAAACCAAUGUUUUGUUGCUUUUAAAGAUUAUGAAAAAAAGUGCAACUUAGUAUACAGUUACUAGCAAACAGUGUAAGGGAGUGCAGACCUCAGGGGGUGCAAGGUUACAGGAACACUAUUGCGUUAGGAAAACAAAGGUAUAUUCCUAACGCUAUAGUUCCCUGGUGGCCUUUUAGAUGACCAACCAAAACCUGCAGGGAGAAAAAAAAAGUAGCUUUACUUAUCUUUUCUCCCUCGCAGCGCUGGUCUCCAUGGCAAACCUCCUUGAUCACUGAGAUCAAUAUUCUCAGCCAAUCCAAAGCUUUCCCAAAGCCCUGGGAGUUUAGAGUGUAUGCAUGGAAAAAUGGCACGCUGUGCCAAUUAGAUGGUUUUACUCUGCUUUUUCUGUGGAAGCGCCUCCUGUGGCAGCCUGCGUAACAGCCACUAGAGGCACUCAAACCCUGCAAUGGAAACGCCAAUGUUUUCAGUUGCACGGUUAAAAUGGGGGUGAGGAGGGAGGGAAGGGUACAUGGAACCCAGGCCACUUCAUUAAAAAGAAGUGAUCUGGUGGGGACGUGGCUGACUGCCGUGGUGAGUGGACGCAUGAAGUGAGAGCUCCCGGUCCUGAAUGACCAAAAAGCCUGAUUUCAAGCAGAAAACAUAGCCUAGUACUGGUAAAAACACUCUAUCUUUACCCCAAGGAUGGCACUGGCGAAACAAACUAAACUCACGGAUCAGAUCCGCCACACAAAAAGACAGCUCGAGGCCUACUCUGGUGACGAUGGCCUAACACUCUCACAGACGUCUGAUGCCGGACUCAGACCACGAAGGGGGCCAUUACACCGACGCCUCUGUCACGGAAAAAAGAUUGUGUGUUAUGCUACAAGAGUUUAGAGUCACUCUCUAAGCUGACCUUAAGAGAGUGGGAAAUAUCGGAGCUGGAUGAGAGAACGAAUCAUCUGGACGCCCACAACGAAGAACUCGAAGAGCAGCAACAACUUAAGUGCAAGCUGGCGGACAUAGAAGACUCGAAUAAUGUCUGCUUCCUCAGGAUCCCAGAAAGCAUGGGGGCAGAGGCAGUCUCCGACUACAUACUCACAGAGUGCAGAUCACUGUUACAGAGUAUCAAAGAGGGUGACUGGCUUCUCGACCGGACCCACCGCCUGCCUAGGUCGUAGAGACUCACCCGCAACAUGCCAGGUGACGCGGUUGUGUGAUUCCACUACUAUAAAACGAAGGACGCAUUGCUCACGGCAACGUGGAAGCUUGACAAGCUGCUAGAACCUUACUCCAAUAUUCAGAUUUAUGGGGACUUAUCAGUUCUAACCAUGAACUGCCAAAGAUAAUUUAUAACCGUAAUAAGAAGCUGAGGAACCAUACCAUCCAAUAUCACUGGUGUUACCCGACGAAGAUCCUCAUUUGGAGAAAUGGAAGAACGCACGUUUUAAUCGAACCGGAGGUGGGCAUACGCCUGCUGAAAGAAUGGGGCCUUUUCCCUUCAAACGCAACAGUGGAGGCGGCUGCUAUGUCACCUGCAGGGAGAAUGGCAGAUGGCGGGAACGCCCAACAAAGCUGAAAGAACUGUGACUCCAGGACUCUAUCUCACCAGGGCACUAAAUAUAUGACUUGGGAGCACGUAACGUAUAGCCUUUUUACGAUAUAUGAAGUAUGGCACUAAGAUAUGUAGAUCUGUGGGCACAACUGGUCUUAAACCCAGUCUCAUGAUGUAUAAUAUAACUUAUCUUUAAGCAAUGAUGUGAAUUGGGCAUACAGCCAGUUCUAGUUGAAUGAGUGCCCCAAGGGUGCGAGAAGGGACCCCUCAGAGACCUAAAAAAUAUGUUAAUGAUGCUAGUUAAAAUAUGUUUACAAUGCAAGUUAUAAUACGUUAAUGAAACUAGAUACAACAGGGUGAGGAUCCCACAGAUGGGGUGAGAUCUGUGUAUUUAACCCAUAGGCAAUGUGCAGUACAUAUGCAUUCAAGGUCAUUCAUGCCUCGCUCCGAACACAGAGCGAAUCCGCCUAGGAUAUUAGAAGCUGGUUGCAUCUACCGUCUCACGUCUCACCCACAUAGAGCGCCAACUGCGGAGAUGGCGCUGUGUAGAUACUUUGGUUUUUCUGUUUUAUUUAUGUUUCCCCAUCCCACUGGGUUCACACUCCACUAUGCACUUAAUCCACACCAAGGCCGCGCACCACAGAGUACAAGCAGAUCUCUAACCUGGGACAAUGGCUGACUCCCUCAAAAUCCUCUCAUUAGAAGUCAAAGGCCUCAACAGUCCCCAUAAACGUAGGAUAACUACUCAAGAAAUGACCAAAGCCAAAGCAGCAAUUGUGUGUUUGUAGGAGACACACUUCUGUGCCUGUAACCCACCAAAAUUCAUUGUUAAGCGUUAUGCCCAAGCCUACCAUGCUAUGCCCUGCACUAAAUCGACGGGUGUCUCUAUACUCUUUCACAGCGACUGGGUAUUUACCCCCUUUAAACAAUAUAGUAGUCGGGAUGGUAGGUUGCUAAUUCUAGUGGGCUCUCUAAAGGGCCUACAGAUCUCCGUAGUCUCCCUGUAUGCCCCAAACGAAAUGCAGAAGUCCUUCUUAAGCAUGGUUUUCCGCAAAACAGAACGGUACAAAGAUGGGCACACAUUUGUGGCAACUUCAACUAUACCCCAGACCAGAUAAUGGAUAUCCAAUGAGCUCAUGGUAGACUCCCUAAAACCAUGUCAGUUUCCCUCAGUCAACAUUUAUCAAAUCUGUUGCACACACGACUACUACAACGUAUGGUGCAAUCUCUACCCCCAGACAAGGGACUACACAUUCUUUUCCCCAGUACACAUGACAUCUACUAGAAUAGAUCUUUGUUAAAAGAACGCUGCCGCAUGCAACCAGCAUGCACAUUGGCCCCAUUACAUGGUCGGGCCAUGCCCCGAUACUGGUUACCAUGAAAAUCCCCCACCCAGCCAGAGGGCGAGGCACAUGGCGUGUGAAUGAAGCUCUUCUGGACAACCCAGAGCAUCUACAUACACUCAAAACACACCUGCACACAUACUUUGAGGCUCACCAACAUUGCAAAACAUCAAUUACCACACAAUGGAUAGCCCUUAAGGCAGUAAUGAGGGGCAACCUCAUACAGAUCGGCUCUCUAUCGAAGAAAGCAAAUAACACAGAACUACACAGACUCACCCAGGAAAUAACUGAAGUAGAGGCCACCUCCAAAAUGAACCCUUCUUAGCAAAUUCACAAACGACUGAUGUCCCUUAGGAAUUACUAUUAUGCCCUACAACUACAGACCACUAAAAAGCAGAUGCGCUAUCUGAAUCAGUCUUACUGUACUAUGGGCAACAAAGUAGGGAAACUCUUGACAGGGAAAUUAAAACAAAAACACCUUCAGUCUAAAAUACCCUAAAUAAUGUCCAAGCGAGGGCAAACUAUAUAACCCCCAGGACAUAGUUAAUGAUCUAGUAGAGUACUAUGCCUCUCUGUAUCAGUUGAGAAAUGACCCUGAGAUGCAUCAACCAACUAGCGCAGAGAUAACUCUCUUCCUAGACAGAGUGACUCUCCCCCCCCGACACAAGACCAGUGCUCCUACCUAGACAGCCCCUUCACGGAGGAGGAAAUCACAGUUGCAAUACACUCACUCCCCAGACACAAAUCACCUGGCCCUGAUGGAUUUUCCAACUACUACUACAUAAAAUUAGCACCUCAACUGACUCCCCACCUCACUAACCUGUUUAACGACAUCAAAAGUUCAGGACACAUGCCUAGGUAAAUGCUAGAAGCCUACACUUGCCCAUACCCAAUAACACCCCCACCCUAUGUGCCAACCUACAUCCCAUUUCACUGCCCAACACAGACAUAAAACUUUAUGCCAAACUAUUAGCGACACAACUCAAAACCCUUUUCCCCACGCUAAUAUCAAAAGAACAGGCGGGAUUUGUACCGGGGAGACAGGUGGGAGACAACACCAGACUGAUCCUAGCGCUUGACACCGAAAAGGCGUUCGACCGCCUGCAUGGGAAUACAUGGUGCCGUCCACCUUUCUGACCAGUGUCUUAGCCCUCUAUCAACAAACAUAUGCCAGAGUAUUUAGCACCGGGUUUUCUAUCCACAUCACUUUGCAUACACAAUGGCACACGUCAAGGGUGCCCACUAUCCCCACUCAUAUUUAUCCUAUGCCUAGAACCUCUGACCCGCCUCAUAAACCAAAGCAUGCACAUUCAUGGGAUGGACAAAGUUGGCUCUAUUCGCUGAGGACAUCCUCCUAUAUACGUAACGAACUCAGCCAAGUCCAUGCCCAACCUCUUAGAUCUACUGAAGGCAUACGGGAAGGUGUUGUACUAUAAAAAUAAUACCUCUUAAACCCAAGCAUUGCCUAUUAAUCUCCCACACCCUACGGUGUCACAGAUGAAAUUGCAAUAUGCCUUUAAAUGGCGCAUGACAUCCCUCUCCUAUUUGGGCAUAAAGCUGACCAAGUCCCUACAGACCAUCCCAAAGGAGAACCACCAUCCUGUCAUAUAUAAAAUCAAAGCAUGCCUAGAAAAAUGGGCAGGCCUGGAAGUAUCAUGGCUGGGUCGCAUCAACUCAAUCAAAAUGAUGGUAAUGCCGCACAUUCUAUAUCUUUUUAGCACACCAUUGCCAUCCAAACUGAUAAAAUUCCUUCAACCCACAAUAAACGCACAGGUUGGAAGCAGAGGCCCCCACGAGUGGCUCACCACAACCUGGGGCUCCCUUACACAAAAGGGGGUUUGGGAUUGCCAGACAUCAAAACCUAUUACAGGGCGUCAGUGUUGGCGGAGGGCAUACGAAUCCUAAGGUUACUGCACCGAACCCAGUACCCGCUCUCACUAUCCUUGGAAAAUGCGUGCCUGAACCCAUACAACAUGAGCCACUGUAUAUGGGCUAACACAAUUCCCUGGUUAAAUGAGGUGCACAUGUUACAGAGCUCAAGAUUUUUAUUACACUCUUGGAAACUCUGGAGCCCACUCAUUCUAGACACUAAAUCGCUCCUUCGAUCAGCGGCCCCUAGAUCCCUUUCUCCUGACUUGCCAGUAACACAGUGGAAAACAAAGGGCUUUUGCAGGAUACACGACUUACAUGAGGGCAAUGAGAUAAAGCUAUUCCCUGAUCUACAAACGCAAUUCUCACUACCGGUGAGGGAUUUAUUCCUCUACCUCAGAGUAAAAAACAUUUUACAAGCAAAACUGUGUGGCGCGAAAGACUGCUCCAAGGAGGAUCCACUGUUAAUGUCCCAGGUACUAACUCCCAAACCACUCAAACCUCUGAUAUGGUGCCCUCCUCAAAGGUUUAUCAUUGGAGAAGUUGCCCUAUAUAAACAACUGGGAAUGGGAACUGGGGCGGCAGUUCUCUCUGGCACAAUGGCAUGAGGCCGUAGCAAAUACGAAAAAAGGCAUCAAAGAAUCUUUCACUUUAGGAAGUGUACUGUAAAGUGAUGAUGAGGUGGUACAUGGUGCCGCAUAGGAUAGCGCGCAUUUACAAAGGAACGUCUGGGUUAUGUUGGAGGUGUGAGGAGUGAGACGGGUACUAUGCUUCAUGUAUAUAAAAUAUGCUACACUAGAAUAGUAACAGCAGAAAUCCAGGAGCUAAUUCAUAAAUGUCAAACAGACAGAUAUUUGUUCUAAAAUGACACACUGGAUAUUUCAAUAUGUAAAUGAUAAAAGUAAAUCAGAAUAGAUAAAAGUUCAAUGAAGAUUAAUAAAAAUUAAAUGAAUUAUGAAAAUAUAAAGAGAAUAUAAAAACUCUGAAAACAUAUAUAUGUGAAUAACUGUAUGGCAAAACUAUCUUUUAACCCAGGAAACAGAAUAAUCCCCGGGCAAAGAUAGCUUAUGCCAAAUAAUAUACUUCCAUUCAAUGUAUAAAAUGAAAGAUAAAGUAACCAAAUGGCAUAGAUUCCUUAGAGUUACUGAAUCAUAUAAACUGCCAUCAUGCAAAUAUGGUAUAUAAAAGAUAUAUAUAUAUAAUAUAUAUUUACAAGCAGAAACCAGUACCAAAAAACUGGCUGCUAUAGGCAAUGCAACAAAAAUAUCGCCAAAAACAACUGGGAAUAAAGAAGUCAAUUUUAUUGAAAAUAUAAAAAUAUUUCUAAAAAUAAGUCCACAUUCGAAGCAAUAGAUAAUAGAAGGUAAAAACUGCACAAAAACCUUAUGUACAGGCACGGAUGGAUGUGGAUAGUAAUCCCAAUACAGUAUCCGAAUUCUGGUAGCCGGUGAGGACGCCUGAAUUCCAAACAGGUCGCUGGGCUGAUACCUCUGCUUUCUAUCGCUGUGUGGACGUUCUGUGAGCUUGCCUUGAACUUGUCUAAGACAAGGCGUCUGAACAGCACUAUCCGACGAGCAGCGCAGUUCCCCCGAAGUGAGGCUCAAGGUGGAACGCACUGUGGCACGCAAACCGUCUUCACCGGCUACCAGAAUUCGGAUACAGUAUUGGGAUUACUAUCCAUAUCCAUCCGUGCCUGUACAUAAGGUUUUUGUGCAAUUUUUACAUUUACCUUCUAUUAUCUAUUGCUUCGAAUGUGGACUUAUUUUUAGCAAUAUUUUUAUAUUUUCAAUAAAAUUGACUUCUUUAUUCCCAGUUGUUUUUGGUGAUAUUUUUGUUGCAUUGCCUAUAGCAGCCAGUUUUUUGGUACUGGUUUUUGUAAAUAUAUAUUAUAUAUAUAUGUCUUUUAUAUACCGUAUUUGCAUGAUGGCAGUUUAUAUGAUUCAGUAACUCUAAGGAAUCUAUGCCAUUUGGUUACUUUAUCUUUCAUUUUAUAUACCAUAUUUGCAUGAUGGCAGUUUAUAUGAUUCAGUAACUCUAAGGAAUCUAUGCCAUUUGCUUACUUUAUCUUUCAUUUUAUACAUUGAAUGGAAGUAUAUUAUUUGGCAUAAACUAUCUUUGCCCAGGGAUUAUUCUGUUUCCUGGGUUAAAAGAUAGUUUUGCCAUACAGUUAUUCACAUAUAUAUGUUUUCACAGUUUUUAUAUUCUAUUUAUAUUGUCAUAAUUCAUUUAAUUUUCAUUAAUCUUCAUUGACCUUUUAUCUAUUCUGAUAUACUUUUAUCAUUCACAAAUUGAAACAUCCAGUGUGUCAUUUUAGAACAAAUAUCUGUCUGUUUGACAUUUAUGAAUUAGCUCCUGGAUUUCUGCUGUUACUAUUCUAGUGUAGCAUAUUUUAUAUACACUGUCUCUAUAGGAUUUUGGUGGAUUCCUAUUUUUUAUCCAGUUUUAGAGCUUUUUACACUAGGUCUCUUUCCCUCUAUUUCUCUGCAAAUCCUCUUGCAUGAGAACUCAUUUUAUUUGUAUACUAUGCUUCAUGUAUUCUGGGACUGCCCAAAUCUGAAUGCAUUUUGGAGGCAAGUCCAGACUCUUAUCUCACGCACAACGAGCCUUCAUCUUCAAUUGCAACCAGAAUAUUACCUCCUCCAUAUGAUCCCUGACUUAGAGAUACAACCCCACAGAAAGAUAAUCUUAAAUCACGGUAGCAAAGAUAACUUUGGCGAGCCACUGGAAGAGCAAACAAAUCCCCUCAGUGGAGAUCAUAAGUAACAGGCUAGAUACAAUCAGCUCUUACGAAUGCAUGGCAAGCAGACUAAAUGGUAGCAUAGGCAAAUAUAACAUUUACUGGAGCAGUUGGAUCACCAGGCGGACAGCCCUCGUCCCACUGCAACUCUAACAAGUGCAACGGGGUACAGUCAACCGAGUACAGUCUCUGAUGGAUUACAGUUGGUACCAAUUUAGAGGGCACCAAACAACAAGAUCAGUAACAGUUAAUCACUUGGGAUAAGUGUGGCAAUUGUGAAGAUGAAAUGUACCCAGGGUUCCAUUCCCUUCCCCUCUUCUUUUCUGUAUCCCUUCCCUCUCCAUGUCAGUUUGUUAAAUGAAAAUGCACGUCACAACAAGGCACAGAACAAUGUACAAGGCUCCUGAAUGCUUGCAAUAGGAAACACUAUGCAUCACUUGUAGGAGCAGGUAGCCAUGUAAGGAUGUAUCUGUUGAACUAAUUUAAUGAAGUGACUGCAUUACUGCUCUGUUCCACAGACUACUUGUUUCUUUGUAACAUAUUUGUUCAUUCAAUGCUAUUAACACAGUGAUUUUUAUUUUAUUUUUACAUCUGAGCUGCGUCUGAGCUGUGAUGUACAGUUUAACUUAUUUUGAAUCAAUAAAAAAGAUAUAUGAUAAAAUAAAAUAAAAAAUAAAAUAAAAGAAGUGAUCUGGGUGCCUCUAGUGUCUUUAAAAACAUUUAAAAAUAAAUAAAUAGAAAAGCAUAAUAUAAAUUGUUUACACAGAAAGCAGCUGUACAUUAAGAUAAAUUAUUACUUGAUAUUACAGCAUCUGUUUUAGGUAAUUUAAUACAUGGCAAGAUAAUUACAGCCUGAGCAUUCCACAUCUUACCACCACAUUCUCAUUGCAUAGAGUGCUCUGUAUUGCAUGAUCUGAUGGUGGGUGAGGCUUGCUAUUUUCUUGUUAUCCUAAUACAACAUCAUGGAUUAAUCUACAGAAACAUUGCCUCUACAGGAAACUGAAACAAACACUAAAGCUAUGUUAAAUGACUAUUUAUUAAUUAAUUGCUUCUGAAUAAUAAAAACCCUCUUCAGCAAAUAUGUGGGCAGCACUCAACUUCAAUAUGUGCAUGGAAUUAUGAGAUUACAUUUACAAUUUAAACUAUGGACCUUAAUAAAUGUUAUAUAAAAGUAACCAUGCAAUUGGGAUUAUAUGGUUCAGUUGCCGAACAACCACACGAAACAGAGACCACCCUGGAGCUUGUUAACACCUAGUAACAACUUGGAAUGUUUCUCACGCAGUGUUUUAAUUGUUCAUGUGGGUGGCCGCAAUUCCUAUGGACAAUCACAAGGUAGAGGCCAUCUUGUUCGCAUGAACGCAGGCAGCGGUGUUUGGGCAUGAAACCCAAUGGAACUAAAAUUGGACACAGAAAACCCCAAACACUGCUCGACUUCCAUCAUCGCCUGCGUUCGUUUCUAUUGAACUUAGAAGGGCACUGUUCGGUGAAAUCAUUCGUCUGGAUGAGGGCAACAAGCUCCAGGGUAAGACUCUGUUCGGUAGUUUCUUCAUUUUCAAACUACCGUACUAGACCGACCGCAAGCCCUGAUUCUCUGGAACUAUUUUGAGCAUGGGACCAUGCCUGCAGUCGGUCAAAUAAAUGACUUCCAGGAAAUUCCUGAACCCCUGAACUGAUCUGGGUGAUUUUUGGAUAUGUUGGUUACCCAGUUUGGGGCUAUCAGGGGAUGUAACAUUUGUGGGGUUUUAUGUAUUUUUAGGGUAUGUUUGGGGUGUUUUGAAAAAAUAUGUUUUUCCUGUGCUUGGAGAUAAUUGGAUAAGAAUUAGUACAGUUACUGAUCCAAUUAUCUCCCAGGCAGAGGGGAGGGAUUGUAUGCUUGUAUAUGGGAGUGUCAUGUAUUUAAACAUCUUUGUCAUUGGUCUGUGACUUUGUGCUGCAGUCCCCCACAAGGUCCAGUGGGGAGUGCCCCUUGCAUGGAGACAUGCAUAUAAGGCCAGUUGUGGCUGCCAUGAAAGUAUUCCAUCUUGCAAUCCAAAACUGUAUCGUCCUGUUAUUGGAGGGAAGGAAGAUUUAACCCCUGUGUCUGCUGUUCCAGCUUACAGGGGAUUCAAUGGGGAAAGUCUUUGAAAGGACUAGAGCUCCCAGGAUUGAGUGUCGUCCAGUGCCUGGGGGUGUCUAGAGCGAGUUGACCAUUCGGCUACAGGAAGGAACGGUUCCAGGGCCCCAGUCAAGCCACGGCGACUGUGGGCAGAAGUGCUGUGGUUUGUACCCUGUUCUAGCGGUCCUUGGCGGAUGUACCCAGCCAGGGGUACAGGGAGCUCCGUUACAACUUGUUAUAAGGUGAAGCAGAGACUCAGUCAAAAAUCCUAAUUUGCAGACUUUACUGAUAGAUGAAUAUAUAAAUCAGGGGUGGUGGAUGGGUAGAUCUUCAGAAAUACAACUUUCAUGUUUCUUUACCAGCUGUAACGAUAGCAAAAUAGAAUGAAAUAUUUAGUUGAGUAUCUACUUCCUCACCACCCCUGCAAUAAAAUUACAUCUCCAUGAGUGUACAAUUAUGUACAAAAUAUAUUUUAGGAAUGUAUUUUUUUUUUUUAUAUUUAAAAUUUGAUGGAUUUUAGAAAAAUGAAAAAAAAAACAAAUAAGAAACAUAAAGGAUAUAGCAGUACAUCACCAAAGCAGUUGCAUCAAGAUUACGGAAUGCACCAUAAGAAAAGCAAAAUUGAUUCAGAGAGUAGGUUGAAAGUAAUGCUAUUUAUUUUUUUCAGCUCGGGUUUGGAUCUAUUCUUGGGAUAAUUGGAUCCAAUUUAAUAGAAAACAAGAGGCAGAUGGUAAGUAACUGUGCACGUCUAAUGUUAAAGAAAAUAGUAUAUUAAGUGAGAUUUUAAUUAAGUUGUUAAUUAGUUAAUUAGUGUACAAACAUAUUAGGCACUCCCUUCAUAUAAAGCCUAUUUUACCCCUGGCUGUUAACUUGCCUUCUCUGUUUUGGUCCCCUCUUCUUUCUCCAUUUUAAAAUACUACCCUCUAUGUCAGUGAAAUUUUUUCGUGCCUUAACAAAAGCUAUCGAUUUAUGGCUUACCAAGUUUUGUUCAGAUUGGAAGAUUGAAAACAGAAUUUUCUUACAGACUAAGGUUUAUUAUUUAGCUAAGAUCACAGGAGGGGUUAUAAAUACUUUUCUGAUAGCUACAGUAAUGGAGUCUGAUAUAUCAAUAUGUCAGCUGGCCUGGUACUGUCCUUCUGUAAAAUCAUGAAAUGUAAACCACCAUACUAUUGAGCAUCUCAUCAAGUCUACAGUUUUGCUACCUACAGUCAGGUCCAUAAAUAUUGGGACAUCGACACAAUUCUAAUCUUUUUGGCUCUAUACACCACCACAAUGGAUCUGAAAUGAAAUGAACAAGAUGUGCUUUAACUGCAGACUUUCAGCUUUAAUUUGAGGGUAUUUACAUCCAAAUCAGGUGAACGGUUUAGGAAUUACAACAGUUUGUAUAUGUGCCUCCCACUUUUCAAGGGACCAAAAGUAAUGGGACAAUUGGCUGCUCAGCUGUUCUAUGGCCAGGUGUGUAUUAUUCCCUCAUUAUCCCAUUUACAAGGAGCAGAUAAAAGGUCCAGAGCUCAUUUCAAGUGUGUUAUUUGCAUUUGGAAUCUGUUGCUGUCAACUCUUAAUAUGAGAUCCAAAUAGCUGUCACUAUCAGUGAAGCAAGCCAUCAUUAGGCUUAAAAAACAAAACAAACCCAUCAGAGAGAUAGCAAAAACAUUAGGUGUGGCCAAAUCAACUGUUUGGAACAUCCUUAAAAAGAAAGAACGCACCGGUGAGCUCAGCAACACCAAAAGACCCGGAAGACCACGGAAAACAACUGUGGUGGUUUACCGAAGAAUGCUUUCCCUGGUGAAGAAAACACCCUUCACAACAGUUGGCCAGAUCAAGAACACUCUCCAGGAGGUAGGUGUAUGUGUGUCAAAGUCAACAAUCAAGAGAAGACUUCAACAGAGUGAAUACAGAGGGUUCACCACAAGAUGUAAACCAUUGGUGAGCCUCAAAAACAGGAAGGCCAGAUUAGAGUUUGCCAAACAACAUCUAAAAAAGCCUUCACAGUUCUGGAACAACAUCCUAUGGACAGAUGAGACCAAGAUCAACUUGUACCAGAGUGAUGGGAAGAGAAGAGUAUGGAGAAGGAAAGGAACUGCUCAUGAUCCAAAGCAUACCACCUCAUCAGUGAAGCAUGGUGGUGGUAGUGUCAUGGCGUGGGCAUGUAUGGCUGCCAAUGGAACUGGUUCUCUUGUAUUUAUUGAUAAUGUGACUGCUGACAAAAGCAGCAGGAUGAAUUCUGAAGUGUUUCGGGCAAUAUUAUCUGCUCAUAUUCAGCCAAAUGCUUCAGAACUCAUUGGACGGCGCUUCACAGUGCAGAUGGACAAUGACCCGAAGCAUACUGCAAAAGCAACCAAAGAGUUUUUUAAGGGAAAGAAGUGGAAUGUUAUGCAAUGGCCAAGUCAAUCACCUGACCUGAAUCCGAUUGAGCAUGCAUUUCACUUGAUGAAGACAAAACUGAAGGGAAAAUGCCCCAAGAACAAGCAGGAACUGAAGACAGUUGCAGUAGAGGCCUGGCAGAGCAUCACCAGGGAUGAAACCCAGCGUCUGGUGAUGUCUAUGCGUUCCAGACUUCAGGCUGUAAUUGACUGCAAAGGAUUUGCAACCAAGUAUUAAAAAGUGAAAGUUUGAUUUAUGACUGUUAAUCUGUCCCAUUACUUUUGGUCCCUUAAAAAGUGGGAGGCACAUAUACAAACUGUUGUAAUUCCUACACCGUUCACCUGAUUUGGAUGUAAAUACCCUCAAAUUAAAGCUGAAAGUCUGCAGUUAAAGCAUAUCUUGUUUGUUUCAUUUCAAACCCAUUGUGUUGGUGUAUAGAGCCAAAAAGAUUAGAAUUGUGUCAAUGUCCCAAUAUUUAUGGACCUGACUGUACCUUGUAGACAGAUGCUGACUUCCACAAAUGCAUUGGAUGACAUGUCUACCGCUUCAUUACCACAUUUCUUUGAUCUGCAAGUGAUGCUCUUGAAACUGAACAAGCUUGCAUAUCAAAAUAAAAAGAUAAAUAAAUGCGGAUUGUAUGCUGACAGUUUAUUAAUACUAACCCAAAGUCCGUGUUCUUUCAUCAUUACUGAUCGAAAGGACACUAACUAUUAUGGCUGAUUAUAGUAAUUAUGUUUCAAACUCUGUUUUGCUACCGUCCUCCAUUUUUUUUUUUUUAACAAACUAUUUUAGAUGAGGACAGCUUAGCAACAUGUUUGCUUCCUUUGACUGCCUGUGGUCAUAUAGAUUUGGAGAAAUAAUGUUUACGUGAUGCAGAAUUUUCAUGUCUGCAUUAUCACUGGGAAUUCUGUCUCACCAGGAUGGUGGUGAUUGGUGAGAAAUGCUGCGCAAACCUACCCUAGGCACUGUUAGUAAUUAUUGCUGUCCUGGUUGGAUGGAAUUGACACUGGUAACAUUGGUAAUAUGAAAGACUGAAUUCAACAUUAAUAAUGAUGCUGAAGAGGUUACAGUCUCUGAAUGCCAAGCAUAGACACAGUAUUUGUUUGACGAACUGCUUGUAAACAGACCCAAAUUUGGGUGAUGACACUGUAGUGGUUAUGUUACUUGGAACGCCCUUCUGAAGAUAUUUUGUAAGCAGCUUCAUUAAUUUCUGUUUUUCUUCUUCUUUAUAUUAUUUCCUUUCCUUUGCGGUAACAGUUGUUGUUACAUAGUUUUCUCUGUGACCAAAUAUACUUUGUGUUUCUGUUUACAGCUUGUUGCAUCUAUAGUUUUUAUCAGCUUUGGAGUGAUUGCAGCUUUUUGUUGUGCAAUUGUGGAUGGUGUUUUUGCUGCCAGACAUUUAGUAAGUAUGCAAAGCAAAAAUCUCUCAGUGAAUGGGGAGAGAUGUGCAUGAUAUAAAAAUCAGGGUGAGCCAAAACACCCGCAGUAUGAUUAAAGUUCAUUCUGUAAUAGACCGUUAAGUGAACCGAUAAAUUAUUUUCCGUUAUUCAUCUGACAUCUUCAAAGAUGAUGUUUAUCAAAUCUUAAAGCAACACUCCAAGCAGCAUAACCACUAAAGGGAGCUGUAGUAGUUAUGGUGCCAGGAGUGCACUGGUGCUCCCUCCUCCCCAUUGCAAGGAGUCAAACUUUGAAGAAUUGUUUGACUUCUCUCCUAGACCUGCUCCCCGCCUUCAGGACCCUAACUAGGAACUAGGUGAACGUUCCUAGUUAGAAUCUUCCAUUAGUCCUGCAUAGCUAAGCUCAUUCUAAAAUUGUUUGGCUACUUACAAUGGGUAGGGGGGUAGAGGACUUGUGGCACCAAGACCAUUACACUAGUGUAGUGUUUAUGGUUCUUGGUGUGUUCCUUUAACUGUCUUACAGGUGUUUGAGAGGUUCUUGACCUAUUAUAAAUCAGCAAAGCACAGAUUGUUACAUCUGUAAAUGUUGGCUUGUGAUUCUGUAUUAAAUUGAAUAAAAAUAUAUUUUAUUUUUAAAAACAUAAUUUGCAGUCCAUGCUUUUCCUUCUGAAAGUAGUAUAUGAUUCAUUUGAUUAAAUGACUGUAUACUAUUAUUGAAAACUGAGGCUACUAGUGAUCAAUGGCAUGUAUUUAUUAGAUUAGAGUAGGGUCAGUAGUUUUCCUGUGUUAACUUUAUUGGAAGAACAGGUCUAGAGAUUAUCUCCUGGAGAUCUCACCAAACACAGCUGAUGGAGUGUGUUCUUAAAUUGAACAACUCAAGGAAGCUUUUAGCACAGUUAACACGAGAUGGGCCAAGUAGACCCUUUGAAUUCUACAAUGAACACCAUGAAAUAAAAACUACUGCAAAUUUUCAUUGUGUGUUAUAUCUUGGAUCGACGUGGUUCUUAGUGAAAAGCUGUGGAUUAUUUUCAUACACCAUGUGCUGUAGGCACUGAGUGUAUAAUUGCAAGAUUUAAGUAAACACCCUUCGCUGUCAAAUCAUAUAAUAGUCAUAUAACUAAUUGAGACAGUGAGCAGACCUUCAAGACCAGAAUACAAAGAAUUAAUGUCAAGCACACAAUUAUUGAAAGAGAUGCUGAAUGCAGGAUAUUAUUAUUAGUUGAUGCAAAAUUUGCCCACAUGUAUUUUAUCAUGUACCUUGCUAAUUGUAGUCAGAUAAAUAAUACUUUGUCUGAGACACACCUUCAUUGUUUACCAGCUGAAUUGAUUAAACAUACUGCAGUUUUGGGGUUUAAGCAGAGAUGCAUGCAUGAAAUAUUUUUAGGAGAUCAACGAGGCACUGAAUCAGAGAAUUUGUUUUUCCAGAAUUUGAAUUCACACAUGUAUGUAUAGACCUUUGACUUGUCAUUUUAUAUAAAGUCAUGCUGGUUAAAAAAUAUAUUGUUGAUUCAAUUCUAGACGGCUUGCCAAUGCAUUUCUUUCUGGUGUUCAAAAUACAAACCUUCUAUUUGCUGGUACUAAUGCCUUUUAUUUUGUCUUUGUUAACAAGGACCUCAGACCUCUCUAUGCAGGGAAGUGUAGUUACUUUACAACCACACAGGGCGAUGAUACAACACAGGUAAGAAAAAGAAUAUGCUACCUGAUAUUUGCAGGAGGAAAUUAUUUCGUAUGGUUAUCUAUAGGGGUCUUGGUUUCAGGUUUUUGGGGUCCUAUUUUUCCUUUGUAUCUGUUCUUCCUUCCUUUUUUUUUUCGGCAGGUGACGUGCCAGCAACCUGUCCGUGGCUGUUUCCUGAAGAUAAAAAGCAACACAUGUUACUGCUGUGACUUAUAUAACUGUGGGAGGUUAGUGACACAUGCGGGAUAAUUUUAUGCCUCCUAGGUUAAUGAGUUUAAAGUGAGAUGCUGGGAUUCGUUUAGAAGAAAUAAAAAAAUCCCAACAACUAGCAAUCCAAGCUUCUGUUGCACUAAACAACAAAAUUUUGUUACUGAUAAAGAUAGCAAAAUUACUUUGACUUUGAAAAACCAGAAAAGUGUUGCAACCUAAAAUAUGACAUUGAUUUAAUUGAACCUCUGUAUUAAAUUAUCUGCAUCGGAGUACUAAACAGCGCCUGGAUGACUAGAAUGUGCCGUGAUUGUACAGACUUUUAUUAGAAAUAUUUAUGGUUUGGAUGUUUUAUCUUGGAAAGUGAUGCUUCAUAUUGGUAUUGCUUCACAUAUAAAGCAUUUUAGCUAGGACUGCUUAUAUGACCCAAAUAAAUAGGUGUUUUAUGAACAGGUAUGCCCUGCAAUAGACUUACCACUGCAAGCUUGUUUAGUGACACAUUUGUCUGGUGUAGUUUGGAGGCUUUUUCUUAGGUAUCCCCUUCCCAGAACAGAUGGGAGAUAUGAGAAAACAUCGUUCAUGUAAGAUUUUUUUUUUUUUUUUUUAUAUCACUAGCUAGAUCCAAAUCCCUUCACUAUCUUUAGUGUGUAAUAUUGUCUUUCAAACUAAAGAAUAACAAAGAAUGAUGGGAAAUGUAGUCUACAACCCGAAGGACCAACGUUGGACAUCCUAGAGCCAGAUGGCCAAUAGACAUAUCGUAUUAUUGAUUUUCAUCAUAUAUUGCAUUUCCUAGUAGAAAAGUAAAGUGUUUUUUCAUCAUAUUUGGCUUGUGUUGCAGGAGUAAUAAAAAAAACAAACAAAAAAAAAACAUCCAGAGUGAAUGUGGAAUGUCUAGUUUAAAACAAUAGAGAUAUUGAAAUCUGAGUCAAAUAAAUGUCUUACCUUCACACUUAAAUAACUGCAAUUAAUCUCUUUAACUUGCUUUUCUUGUAAUUGCAGACUUGGAGUGUCAGGUCUGUAUUAUGAAUACAUUGAUGUCAGAAGUUGCCAAGAUGUUGUGCACCUCUACCACUUGCUCUGGUCGGUAACUAUACUGAACAUCGUGGGUCUAUUCCUUGGAAUCAUUACAGCUGCUGUACUCGGAGGAUUCAAGGAUAUGGUGAGAUACCAACCAAACAUUUGACUUAAAUAUGUAAACAUGAGAAGUUUAAAUAUGUAUAAUGACUAAUCACGACACUUAAUUAUCUAAAUAGAUGGAAAUAUGGUAGUUUUAGAUCACAAUCAUAUGAAAACAUUUUUUAUUGUAAAAGGCUAUUCAUUCAAUAAACCUUUGGUGCCCAAAAGUCAGAACAACGGUUGUUGCUGGAAAAAAAAAACACCAUAAUGCUAAAAUAUGGCAUUAUGGUCAUAGCAAGCAUCGUGCACGAUACAUUUUUACUAUAACAACUGGGGAUAUCCAGUUUUGCCAUUCUGUAAUUUCUAAUCCUUGAUACAGUCUCCAAAAUAUAGGCCAAAAGGGCCAAGUUAGAAAACUAGCUUGCAAUUCCAUUGUCGCAAAAUGUUGCAAAGUCACUAAAAUGAGAAUUGUCAUGAAUUCAAAGUAAAUUUCAAAUUUCAGGUCAAAGAAGCCAAAAUGGAAGCAUAGCUGACUUGUAGAAUUUUCAAUUUUGGCCUGAAAUUUGAAAUUCACUUUCAAUUCCUAACAGUUUUCACUCUAGUGAAUAACCUUGCAGGAGUGAUCAUUUCCUGUACUACUAGCUAAUUUAUUAAUUUGCUUGAAAUUCAUUAAAGGAGAUUUGGCUUUCUAACACAUAAUGAGCUGGGCGUAGCAGUACGUACCUAUAUUUAUUGUAGGAAUUCAGACAUUUAGGCUGUAGACAUUAAUAGACGAUAAUACAUACUAUAGCUAGCAAACACUAUAGAUAAUAUCUGCUAGCAACUUGUCUAACACCAUGUACAAAUUAUAUCAUGUGCUGCAUAUAAUAUAAUGUGAUGCAAUGUAGUAUAUGUAUAACUAUUGCAUUUUCGACCACAUUUCUGGAGUGACAUGUCAAUGAAGAAUUGUGAAUUUGUGUAUGUUGCUUAGGAUUCUACCUUUUGUAAUUGACCAUUUUACUGUAAUUGUACUUGCAGAACCCAACUAUUCCUGCCAUUACAUGUAUAUUGGAGACACCACGGCCUAGAGUGCAGUACAACACAAGACCACCAGUGCCCUCUUAUAAUACUUAUUACCACAGUACUCCACAUCUUCCACCUUAUACUGCCUAUGACUUACAGGUAUGAUAAAAUAAUUACAGAAAACUUCUAGCGACUUACAGUCAGGCACCCAGAUGUCAAUAUUCUAUGUUAAUUGGCUGCUAUCAUUUUUGAGAUUCACUGAUACGACACUGAUUGUGUUUAAUUAAUUUCCAUGAACUUCCUUUGGGCCAUAGGGGACUCAUCCACACAUAUUCUUCAGUUUUAAUUAUGGAGCUACAUAGAAAAUAAAAGUGUCUUUAUAUGUACAGCUUUAUGUGUUCUUGCCGGUGGACUUAGUGUACAGAGGUCACAGUGCAAGAAUUUUGCUUUCUGUUUUACUUACUUGAGCCUCAAUAAAAUUCUAGUGUGUAUUGGCAGUUUAUUGGCUGCUAAGAAGCCUUGUAUCGGUUCAAAAUGAUUUAAAAGGUUACCUUAACCAUCAUGACCACAUCUGCUUUUAAAAGUGGUCAUUGUGCAAGCAGUCAGUUUGAAACACCGCCUAUACAGAAAAAAUCUGUCAUUUUAUGCAAGCGUGAGCUAGUCAGCCUGAAACUUAAAAAAUUACAUCCGUUCUCAGCAUGCAUCGUGCGCUGGCGAUGGAGACAAUCAGCUUCUUCUCGUGCAGGCAACUCUGUGAGCGCGUCUGCAAGUGGAAGCCUUUUCAAACUGUGUGCGUGUGGCUCACACACACAGUCUUAAAAAUGGUUCAACUGUCAAUACAACCCUUUUCCCUGCCCUGUGGGUAUGCUCAUCUCAUCAGCUAUAAUUUAAAUAAACUCAGUGAGGGAAAGGGGCCAAUUAUACGUAGGUGGCAGAUUGGAGCUCUGAAAUUAAUAAGCGCCAUAAUAAUUGCCUCCAAAUGGUGAUUCAAAUUAUCAUUGACUUGCAAAAUGCAAGUGAAACAUAAUUUUGAAAUGUGUAUCUUGUUGGAUGUAUUCAGUUCAGAAUAUUAUUAAAUCUUUGUGAAUCUUCCGAAUCCUAUACUUUCAGGAUAAUUUAUUAAAAAGAGAAUUCAAAUUGAAUUUCAAAGUUAAGGCCAGAGUAGCUGAACUGAAGAAUCAUCUGAAUUCUCACUUUAGUGAAUAAUCCUAAUUGAAUAGAGUUUGGAUGUGAAAGCACAGAUUUUAAUCCGGACACUGAAUGCAUAUGGGCAAUUGCUGCAAAUCUUGGCGGAUCGACCAAAUUCCCUGCCUGGUUUUGGCUUUAGUAAAUAUGAGAAUUGCCAUUCCGACCUGUUUAGUGAAUAAUGCUGUAUAAGUUGUUCAGUAAACUGGAAAUUUUGGUAAUUGACCAGGUAAAACAGCUGAGUUGGAAAAUGACCAAACUCAUAUUUUUCCAGCUAGGCUGUCAUAAAGUUCACUGGUCACUUUCCAAUAACUCACAGUUUAGUGAAUGACAGAGACACACACAAGGUGGAGACUGUGAUGCAUACAUACUCAUCUUGUAACGCAAUGCACCUCCGCUCUGCCCGUGAUCUUCUCCUGUCCGUUGCUCCCACCCGUACGGCUAACUCACGCUUGCAGGACUUCUCGCGGGCGUCUGCCAUCCUAUGUAAAUAGCCUGCCUACCGCCAUUAGACUCUCCCCUAGUCUUCAAUCGUUUGAGAAGUGCCUUAAAACCCAUCUCUUUAGGAAAGCUUAUGGCCUCCCAGAGUAACCUCUACCUUGCACACCUGUCUUUUGCUCUCACCUAAAGGGCAGCACUCUACUCUCUCCUCCAGCUCUGUUUCACUCCCACCUAUUUUGAUUGCUAUUCCCUGUCCUAUUGUGUUUUGCACCCCACCUCCUAUGAAAUGUAAGCUUGUUUAAGCAGGGUUCUCUUCAAGCUAUCGUUCCUGUAAGUUUUCUUGUACUUGUCCUAUUCAUAGUUAAAUCCCCCCUCUAAUAAUAUUGUAAAUCACUACGGCAUCUGUUGGCACUAAAUAAAUGGCAAUAAUAAUAAUACACACUACAGUUUACAAGUGCAAGCAGGCUUUCAGGAACAUGCUAUAAUACAAUAUAUGGGUAUAAUAAAAAUGUAAAAUUACCCCUUGAAAAGGGGGAAAUUAGUAAUAAUAAGGUGGGCUGCUUCACACUAAAAAAGAGAGCGUCUUUCUACAUGCACACAAUAUGCUUUACUCUUAUGCAUUGUUGACUAAACUUUUAUAGAAAAAUGUAACGUAUAAGUAGCAAAAAUAUCAGCUGAUCUAUUUAUUUAGAAUAAUUUGUGCAGGCAUUUAAAGCCAAGUGGAACACAUAGUCAUCAUUUUGUGAGAAACAGCACUUAUUUUAUUUACUUGUUAUUCACAUCCCAGUGAUAUUUAGUUCUUUAUACUUGAAGGCUAUCCAGUCAUGUAUUCACUAUCAUGAUACGCUUUAAUAAACAUCUAGCCUACAUGCUUGUUUUCUAAUGUGCAUAAAAUAUAUUUCUAAAAUCCAUGAAAGUAACACUUUAAAGGACCACUACAGACACCCAGACCACUUAAGCUCAAUGAACUGGUCUGGGUUCCAGGUCCCUCUAGUUUUAAUCCUGCAGCUGAAAACAUAGCAGUUUCAGAGAAACUGCUAUGUUUCAUUGAGGGUUAAUCCAGCCUCUAGUGGCUGUCUCACUAACAGCUGCUAGAGGCGCUUCCGCGAUUCUCACUGUGAAAAUCACAGUGAGAAGAUGCUCAACGUCCAUAGGAAAGCAUUGAGUAAUGCUUUCAUAUGGGCUGUUUGAAUGCGCGCGCGGCUCUGGUCACGCAUGCGCAUUUGGAUCUGACGUCGGCAGGGGUUGGAGAGUUCCCCAGCACAGAGGGAGCCCGGCGCUGGAGAAAGGUAAGUGGCUGAAGAGGUUUUAACACCUUCAGCCCAGCGGGAGAAGGGGACCUGAAAACAAGUUUGUUUUCCUGGCACUAUAGUGCUCCUUUAAGCAGUGGCUGUACAGUAAGUGCUGUGUGGCUGCUAGCAGCAUAUUUAGGAAUUCCACAAAUCUAAUGUGAUUAAUGGAACUGACGAUGCGCACUAAGCUAUAAAACCCAUAAAAUUCUGCUGGACAGGGGUUUAUACUAGAAGACCAGAUUACUAAAACCAGAAUUAAAAGUUCCAGAUUGGUGGAGCUUCUUUCUGGUCAGCUUCCCUCAUUUAACCAUGUUCAUCAGUUUAUGUUUACCUCGAUGAUACAGGCCUCUAUUUAAUAUUUUUGGAUAAGCUUUUCAAAUGAUUUGAUAUUUUGAAAAACAUUUCAUCUUUUGGUAUCUUGAUAUAUUUAUCUAUACUUUUGAUAUUUUAAUAGUUUGAAAAAAAUCAUAAACGUUUAUCCAAAAAUAUUUAAUUAUUUGUAAAGUUUAUUCAAAAAUGUUAAAUCAAGGCCAUGAGUAGUAAAAAAAAUGUCACCUUACUGGGAAUAUUAGAUAAAUGACCAUUGAAAGGUGUGUGUUUUGAUACUUUUAUAAAUCACAUUUACUCUUUCUAAAUUACCAUGGAGGUUAUAUUUGUGGAGGAUUAAAGGUCAUAUGAGCCAUCCACCCUGUUUGCUGCGUGCCUUUUAAAUGCUGACAUUUUACAAAGGAUCUGAGGAAUGUAGGGACUAAAACUAUUUCUCUGCAUUCUUAAUGUAGUAAAUAUGCCUUCCAGUCUUCACACAUGAGGAAUCCUUUUCUCCAGAUUGCCACAUGUGCAGAAGUUUUGUGCCUGCCGCUGAAUAACAAGUCCAGCAGCUGUCGCUUCAUGUGUUCCUUGUGUCUUACUCAGCAGACAUCCUUACCGAGAGAGCAGAUUUCUCACAACAAACCCAGAGCUGGCAACUCUGUAUCACAGCAUGCAUUUCAGAGUGCAUGUUAGCAAAACAAGAGGCAGAAAACAAGAUAGAAUUAUGUCACAUAUGUAACUUAUAACAUAACCUGGUUGUACACAUCUACUCACACAGGACUCAAAUUUUCCACUGGCCACUGGCGAGUGAAAAUGUAGCCCUGGUUUGUAAUACAGGGUGGGCCAAAAUUUGGAGUAGGAUUUAACAGGUAAAUAACUUAUUUGUUAGUAGUUAAAUUUUUUUGUUGCAGGUACAUAUUAUAACUUGGGAGAUUCGUCAUGGGCAAUUUCAUAAAGGAACAACGAGUAAAAAUAGUGGAAUUUUAUUGGUGUGAGAUAUCGGAAUAUGAUAGAAAAAUUGUAUGUCAUGUAGUGAAAAAUCAUCCUAAAAAGUGGUUUCAUUACUGCCCAUACAGUCAGGGCCAAAAUAGACAUCCUGAGAAAACUGUUCAGCGGGUGAUUAAUUUCAAGAAAUUCCCAAUGCAACUACGUUUUCCCAACCUUUUCAGCCCAUGAUUAUUUCCUGUGGGGAUAUCUGAAGAAGAGGGUCUAUAUGAACGAUUUGCAUACACUUGAGCAACUAAUGGAGAAUAUCUGUGCAGAUAUUUGAGUGCUGGAGUUACUUCUAAAGACAAGUAACAAGUAACAGUAACAAGUAAGUUUUAAAGCCUGGAAGUAGCGUAGGACUUGUUAUUCUAAGCCCAGUACCCUCACACACAGACACAGAUAUAGAGGUUGAUGUCAACAAAUCUAUGCUUGUAAUGAUAUUAAGCUCAUUCUUGAAUGUUGUUAUUUUUUUACAGCAUUCCACUGUCUUCCCAACAUCUACUCCCUCUGGUUUGUCAGAUGACCCAAAUUCAACACAGUCAUCUUCCAGCUUGAUGUGGCCAUCCAAUGCACCACCUCGCUAUUCUCCACCUUACAUGCCACCAGAUGAAAAGCCACCGCCAUAUACACCGUGACCAUCAAGGAUCCUGUAAACUUGUCACCUCAGUAGAUCUUUAGGCAAAACACUAGCCAAAUACUAUAAUCUUUUCUAUCGAUAUGACAUGCAUUGAGUAAACGUAUGUUUGUACAGAGUGAGUAGCGUUGUGUAAAAUGAUACAUGUGAGCAAACAUAUGCACGAUAUUCAAGAUACUAUACUUAAUUAUAUUAGCCUUUUGGCCAUUUUGGAAAUAAAAUUUAGGACAUUUGGUGUGGCCAACUUGAAGAAACAAAGCGAGUCUGACCUUAAAGGAACAUUCACGAAUAAGUGUAAAAUGAAUCUUAUCAUGGAUCAUUAAUGUAUGCUGUCAUUGACACAUUCAUAUUAAUUGAAGAAUAUUAGUGUAUUUUAAGUAACGAAAUGCAGUCAGUUUCUUUCCUUUAACCACUAUGUGGAAAUUCCCUUUACACAUUGACUCCUUCUGCUAAUGCUUCAGCCUACUGAAGGAAAGUACCAACAAAAACAAAACAAAAUCUUGCAAACAAAGUAAAUAUAAGACUCAAGAGGUUCUAUCCACAUCACUUAUUUUGGAAUCAUAUCUACCUUUUUAUAGAUUUGACAAGGAAAACCUCUUGGGCAGAAAACAAGUUAACGCUUUGUUAUCCUGACUGACUAAUACUUUGAUUAUUUACUACAUUUUGAUUGCCAAUUUGAAGACCUAUCAUAGUUGUGCUAGCUAUUUUUUUUGCAAGUCAGUAUACCCCAUACGAAAGUAACCCACACUAAAGAAGAUGUUUACAUCGUAAUCUGGAAAAUCUAUUUUUAUGAGCUUAUCAGUAUUCUAGAAAGUUGGGAGCCAAUAAGCUCUCAUUGAAUUGUGCACCAUUGAUGCCUCUUAACUGUAAAAUUAGUUUGUAAAUAUAGAAUGUUUAAAAAAAGCUAUUUCCUGUAAAUCAGCACUGUGAUUAUCACUUAAAGCCAUUGUGACUUUCUGUUGUUUGCGGCUUAUUUUCAUAGAUUGAUGAUUGGCUUCUUCUGGGAAAAAAAAGAGGGUUGUGUGAGUAGCAGCUAUGAUGAUGUUUUAAUCGCUGGUGGCCUGGGUGUUCUCAUUCCUUUUUAGAUAUGCGUGAAAAUGCAAAUCUAAAAUUUGUGGGAAGUUUUGCCCAUUUCAAAUGGCAGAUUUGUUUGAACAUUAUAUAGUUAAUUGAAAGAGUUUUAUAGAAACAGUACAAUUAAUAAGCAAAAGAGUAUAUUGCGUAAUAAAAUUAUUGAUGAUAAAAAAAUAAAUUAAAUAAAUGCAAGGAUAAUAUCUCUACUUUAGCUGGUGGAUGUACAAAAAUAUAGUAUACACCAUACAAGUUCCAUUAUAUGCAGAAGACAUUACAUUUAAAAAGAAAAUAGGAGUAGGUAGUAAAGAAUAGGAAAAGGACAUAGGAGAGAGAGGGGGCAAAAAUAAAUAGAAAAAAGGGGGGCGAGUGUAUUGUCGAAGUAAUUAAAAAAAAAAAAUCAAUAGAUUAAAGGACCACUAUAGGCACCCAGACCACUUCAGCUUAAUGAGGUCGUCUGGGUGCCUGGUCCAGCUAGGUUUAACCCUUUUUUCUACAAACAUAGCAGUUUCAGAGAAACUGCUAUGUUUACCUAUGGGUUAAUCCAGCCUCUAGUGGCUGUCUCAUUGACAGCCGCUAGAGGGCUUCCGCGCUUCUCACUGUGAUUUUCACAGUGAGAAGACGGCAGCGUCCAUAGGAAAGCAUUGUGAAUGCUUUCCUAUGGACUGGCUGAAUGCGCGCGCAGCUCCUGCCGCACAUGCGCAUUCAGCCGAAGAGGAGGAGAGGAGGCGGAGAGCUCCCCGCCCGACGCUGGAGAAAGAGGUAAGUUUAACCCCUUCCUCCCCCUAGAGCCUGGCGGGAGGGGGACCCUGAGGGUGGGGGCACAAGUAUGUUUUCCUGGCACUAUAGUGGUCCUUUAAACAGGUUCAAUUUAGUGAAUUAUCAGAGUAAUCUAUAGGUCCAAAAGUUUACUAAAGUAUUCAAGAGAUUUAUACAGGUAGAUAGGUUCUUAGAGUUCUCACAUUUUCUGUUUUUGCUGCAAUGCAUUUACUUAGGCUCUCCAUAAAUUAAAAGGGUAAUCCAGAUGUUGACCUUGUGCUCACUGUGCCUAGAGGGGUAGCAGCUACACCUUGUUGACGAAGCCCGAACAAGGAAGAAACUAUUGUCUGGUGGUGCUCUCUUGUGCAGAGGGGACUCUCCAGCAUUUUGGUUAGAUGGCUCUUAUUGGUGGGAUCAGGCUGGUAUAGGUUCUUUCUGUAAAGGCACAAGUGAACUAAAAAGCAUUUAUAAAACCUGAGCGGGGACUAACGGAUGGCAAUCUACUAAGGUUUCUCUAAGCCUUUGUCUGUUCUUAGAGUUCUCAUAUUCUCCGUUUUUGUUGCAGCUGGACAGGUGAGCUGUUCCAAAUUAAAGCUGUGUUUUUUUUUAAUUAAGGCCUUUCAAAUUCCUUGAGGGGCUUUUCAAAUUCCUCGCUAUGUACAGAAUAGCUGCUGUGCAGAUUCAGCCUGUUAGCAUAAAAUAAAUAUCUGAACGAUUGCAUUUAUUGGCCAAGUUAUCGAGAAGUAUAUAUAGUUGUAUAGUGGGAUCAAAAGGCAAGCAAAUAUUGAGCAGAGCCUUGGUCAAGGUAAAAAAACUGUCUCCAUAAUGCUUGGAUCAAAGGGCCAUCAAACAUGAUAGAAAGUGUUACUGUUAUCAAAGCCCCCAGAACACAAGCCGGAUGUAGUUGGGAAGAUCCUAUCCAGGACUAAGUGGUCAUUGUAAAAAAUUUUGAGAUACUCUCUUUCAAGAGAGUGCAAGUGGUAAUUUUCUGAAUAUUAGCAAUUAUAAUGUGCCAUUCUUCCAACAAAUACCCAUGUUUGUUAUCCCUCCCCCAUUGGUAAUGGUAAGGAGAACAUUGCAUAGAAUGUAAGAAUGUUGUAUAGACUGAAGAACUAAGAUCCAGCCUGGAAACAUGAGUUCAAAAGCCAAACCUGUAUUCAACAGGGAGAUACUGGACACUGAGAAAUGGUUUUAUGAAAUGGCAAAUCGAAUCCAAACAGUUCAGAAGGGGGAAUAUGUUGUGUGAGUCAUUGACAUGCUAGGUGCCUUCAUGCAAAAUAGACAGUUUAAAGGGACACUAUAGUCACCAGAACAACUACAGCUUAAUGUAGUUGUUCUGGUGAGUGUAAUAGCUACCUUCAGGCAUUUUCCUGUAAACACUGCCUUUUUUGAGAAAAGGCAGUGUUUACAUUGCCCCUGGGGACACCUCCAAGUGGCCACUCAUCAGAUGGCCACUGGAGGGUCUUUCUGGCUCAGAGCUGCACAGUAAGCAGCCCUGCUGUUCAGCGUCCCCAAGUUCUGCAUGGAGACGCUGAAUUUUCCUCAUAGAGAUGCAUUGAUUCAAUGCAUCUCCAUGAGGAGGUGCUGAUUGUCCAAAACAGCGCUUGGACCCGCCCCCUUGCCGAUUUUAGCCAAUCCAAUGGAUUGGCUAAAAAUUGGCAAUUUUGAUUAUGUCACCAAGGGGGCGGGGGCCAGCGCCGGCAGACCUGUGAAGAGCUGAAAAUAGGUGAGUUUUAACCUAAGGACAAGCCAACUAAAUGGUGGGUUUUAACUAUAGGGUCAUGAAUACAUAUUUGUGUUCCUUACCUUAUAGUGAUCCUUUAAGUGGUUUAGUUAAUGCAUCUUCUACAUGUACACAGCCUAUACUUCCCUCUGAGGGGGUUCAGUGCUGCUGGAGGAAUUGGUUUGCUCAAUAACAUAACAAAAUAUAUGGAACAGAAAUUAUUUUAAUUAUUAUUUUAUUAUUUAUAUAGCGCCAGCAAAUUCCGUAGCGCUGUACAUGCUUCACUAGUUAUGCCUGAAUAGUAGUGUUUUGUACAGUCUGUGCCACUUCUUCAUAUAAAUAAUGUCAAACACAACUUUCAAGUUUCUCAAGCUUUUAAGUUACCAGUAGGAUGGGCAAAUAAUGGAAUAGGUUUAAUAGCUUUGCGAGCAAUUUCAUCUUAAUUGCAUGUGCCUGGCCAAACCCAGUCAUGGAGUAUGAUUACUAUCGUUGAAAGUCUUUUUGCAUGUAGGUUAGGAUAAACAAGUAACUGUGUAGGUAAAGACAAAAGAGGGUAGGAGUGCUAUGAAAUCCCAGAUACAAAAGGCUUCUUGCAAAUGCAUAUAUACCCAUUUAAUAAUAAUAAUUGGUCUAUCUGGGACAAUGUGAGGGUAAUAUUAAGGCCUUAACUUUUAUUUAUAGUUUUAUAGCCUGAAAGGUCACAGUACUGCCUUAAAGUGAAAUUAUAGUGCGUGGAAAACAAAAUUGUUUUCCAGGCACUAUAGCUCCCUAUUGUGCCCCUCCCUCCCCUACAUUCCCUCUCCCCCCCCCACACUAGGGUCAACACACAAAAGUAAUUAUUGCAGUUUACCAAAAACCGCAGUAAUUACCAUUGCAGGGUUAAGGGACCUGGGAAUAUGCACCCAGACCACUUCAAUGAGCUGAAGUGGUGCGGGUGCCUAUAGUAUUGCUUUAAUAUGGGAAACGAAACCCAGGACUGAAGUUAAAAAGUUUGCUAUCAUAAGUAGGUUUUUUAUCGGCAAAAAAGUCACCUUUUUCUAGUCCUUGCACAUCAUGAUUUAUGUGAAUGGAAUGUGCUAAGCUCUCUACAUAAAGGCAAAAAAGCAGGCGGUAGAAAGCAUCCUUGGUUUGUCUAAUUCUGUAGAAAGGAAGGGGAGGCAAAAGUCAUAGUUGAGACUAAUGCCGAAAGGGAUGGAUCAAGGAUCCAUGUAAGAGAUUUGAGUCUUGAACUAGUAACAGCUGGGAAAGAGGGUGUUUGCACGGCGGAGGAAAGCUAUUGGCAUAAGAAGAACCUAUUGUGGAGGAACAAGAGGAAAACGCCCAGUGAGCAACCAAUGACAGAAGGGGAUUAGCCCUAUAUAAAGGGACAAUAGGGGGGAGGUUGUUCAGGCUGCAUGUUGAUUGCAUUGUGAUUGUUUUAAUUUAAUUUAAUUUAAUUUAUGGUUUCUGAAGAAGUCCACUAAGGUGGAAGAAUCGCGUUGAAAUGUAUUUAUACUUUUAUUUAUAGUAUUGUUUUUAUUUAUUUGAUUAAAUAAAGAAAACUUUUGAAUACUGGUUGGAGCUUAAACAUCUGAUGCUGGAAUCUGAUCCAUCCCCAGUAAAAUAAAAGGGCAAAUUAAGUUGUAGCCCCGCCAACCUACAACACGAGAGGCAUUCCUUAAGGUGUUCCUAGUUCAAUGAUCUUGUGAGUCCUAAACAAUUAGCUCUAAUUUCCUUGUUUAUGAAAUUAUUUCACUAUGUGCUGC